AUGGAAUUGUACAUGGGCAAAUAUUUAUUUUUAAAUCAAGACAGUCCAACAAUUUGUUUGUUGUCUUCAAUUACUUACUCAAUUUUUUAUUAAUAUUUUUCGACAAUCGAUUUUAUUGUCGGAUAGUUAUAUAUAAUAAUAAUAAUAAUAAUAAUGUAUAAUUACUAUAAAUUUAAUGUUCAAUGAAAAGUUAUUCAUCAUAUGAGAAUAAUAAACAUUUUAAACCGAACUAAUAUGAAUUGUUGCAUCCAAAACGGGAUUCCGAGCGGAGUUCUAAAUUAAAAUUGGAAUGCUUGUUUGUAUUUGAAUAUAUUCAAUUUUGUUUUGAUUGCAAAUUGAUUGCAAAAUCAAUAUAAGUUCGUCACUUAUAAUCGUAUAUCUUGUUGAUGCAUUUAUUGUAUUUGCGUAAACAAAAUAGCGUUUUAGUAUAAUUGUAUCCAAAUUAUUGCUACUGUACUUGUUGAGUUAUAAUAAUCCAUUUACAUGAAUAUGAUCAACAUAUUUAUUUUUAAUAUAAUACAUACGUAGAUUAAAAAUAAUAAUUUUGUUUUGUAUCGCUUUUCAGAUAGUAAUUUCGUACUUGGGAAUGCUCAAGUGCCAUCUUUGUAUCCAAUAGUGUACUGUUCGGACGGAUUCUGCGAACUCACAGGAUUUGCCCGAGCGCAAAUUAUGCAGAAAGGAUGCGCCUGUAAGUUUCUCUUUGGGCCAGACACUAGUGACGAUCAUGUUACUCAAAUUGAAAAGGCUUUGGAAUGUAAAGCUGAACUAAAACUAGAAUUGAUUUUCUACAAAAAAAAUGGUGAGUACUGACAUUGUACAGAUUAUAAUUUAAUAAUUAAAAAAUUAAUGACGAAAAAGGAAUAUUAUAUUGGUUUUGGUUAUAUUAAUAAUAUGUACUAUUAAUAUUUUAUAAGAACGGAAUGUUCAAAUACCCUAUUGUUAAUAGGUUUUUGAUUUUCAAUGUGGCAGUAAAACAGAUUAGUAUAGUUGAAUAAUUUUGAAGCAGCUAUAAUCACCAUCAAAUUAAAAAUAUUAUGCCGCAAAACAACAUAGUUAUACAUUAAAAUAAAAAAAAAAUUAUAAAUCAAAAAAUACAUUUGAUUUGCAUAGAAUGUCAUGAAAGUUUUCUUUGGGAUUAUUUUCAAUAACCAAAAGUUGUUUCGGUUCUUCAUAUGAUUUCAUAAACUAUAUUUUUACUGCACAAAUAUCAUUAUUGUUUGGUUAAAUCCAUACCAAUAAAUAAGCAAAUAACAAUAAAAUGUAAUUUUCAUAAAGAAUUAAAAUUUUUAAAUUAAUUUGACAAAACCAAAAUAAAAUUGUUUUUAAAUGUUGCUAUACAGUUAUUAAGUAUGUUUGAGACAGUAUAUUUGUAUAUUAUUUAAUAAAUACAGACAAUAAAGUGUUAUAAUCUAGAAAAAAAAGAACUAAUAAUGCUGCUUGAUGUGAUGGAUGUGCUACUGUUGUUGGUGGAAAGUAGGAAAGUAGAAUAUAUUUAUUUAAUUAAUAUUUACACACAACGAUAAAUCAUUGAUGACAAAAUACGAUUCUGAGUAAUCUAAACUAGAUAAUUACGCUGUAUACCCAUCUAUAAAUAAUUGUACUAAAUAUAUAAACAGUAACUACAUAUUAUAUACUGCGUUUUCUUCUUGGAUGUAUCAUUUACUGCUUAUCUUUCCAAUAACAAAAAGAAAGAAAAAAAAAAGAGCUGAUACUGUAGAUGGGUGCGGCUACUGUUGUAGGUGAUAAGUUAGGAAGGUAGGAUACAUAAGGUUCAUUAUUUCAUUUCAUUUAUAUCUAUAAGCAACGAUAAACCAUUGUUGACGAAAGACUAUUCCGAGCGUAUUUCGGUAAUACAUAAUUUGAAAUGCCGUAAUUCUUUUUAUCUUAACGUUCCUACGUUUUUUCCCGAUUUUUAUGAAAACUUAUUUGAAAAUCAAAAAAACGAACUGCAUCGUUAAAAACAAAAUUAAUAAUUCACCACAAAAGAUCUCCUACUUCUGUUACUUACUCUAGUGCAUGUGUAAUAGCAAGGAUGUAUCUAUCUAUAUAAAUCGAGGGAGGGGAUACAACAACAAAUUUUAAAUAUUAUGUAUGAAAAUAAAAAUAAAUAUACCCAUAAUUAUAAAUAAUGCGGGUUUCUAAAAAUAAUUGUAUUGUUUUGUUCUCAAUGUAAAAUAUGUGAUUCCCUGUGAAAAUCAAUAUAAUAGCAUGAAAUAAAUUAGAUAGCUGGUUAUCGUCGAUGAAUACAAUAUCCUGUGAAUAUGUUAUACCUAUAUACCUACAAAUUCAAAAAGGCCACUAAGAUAGAAUAUGUAAUUAUUAUUUCAUACUAAAAUUAAAUUUAAAUAUAUAUUAUAUACCUUUUUAAUUACCUAAUAUAGGUAUAAAACCAUAUUAUAUAAAAUGGAUUUAAAUACAGUUCUUUUACUUAGGUUAUCAUAAUAUUAUAUGUUUUUAAUGAAAAGUGUUUUGCGGUAUUCGUGCUUACUGGUCGUCCGUUACCGAUUGACGAAAAUAGGACCUAAGUUUGUUUGUUGAUUUUUUAUGAAAUUUAAAUUUUAUAGCGAGUUAUAUGUGUAAUAUAAAAUAUAGCAAUAUUUAAACAAUAAUAUCAUAAUAGCUUUACCAAGGGCAAGGUCACAAUGAUUUAAUUAUAUUACUUAUUAUAUUAUUAGUUAGUAUUCCAUAUAGUCAUUUCAAUUUGUAUUCUACCAAUUAUAUUAUUACGUUCAUGCUAAAUCAAAAUUUAAAAAUGAACAGAGUGAUUUGAUGUCUCAUACAUACCUGUUUUAAGUUUGUAGGAUCAUGUUAGGAGGGAUGCGUGAACUUGGCCGCUCCAAUAAGUACCUAUUUUGAUUAUUACGGAUCCCAUGAUGAGUUGCAGACUUUUACCGAGAUAUGCAUUAAGUUGCAAAAAAAUUGAAAAAUGUUAAUACCAGUUUGAAGUCAGUGGGACAAGUGGAGGGGGGCAAACUCACGGACGUCUGGAAUUAAGCUGAAAUAGAAGGGAUAAUUGUGUGUUUAAAAUCCGACAACUCUAUGAAUACAGUUGCUCUAAUAAUGAUAUAAAUGUAAUUAAGUUUCGGGUAGUGUUGAAUGUUGAUAUCAUAGUAGCGCAAUAUCGCACCCUACUGGGGUUUGUUGUAAAAGUAAAGGUAGUAUAUAUACUUACUAUAGCGAAGCAAAAAUCAAUUUUUAUGAGUGAUUUAUUAUUUUAAUGUAUAAGAAAAGUCCCAGUGAAUAAAUUUAUUUAGAAAUCAAUUAAGUUUAUAACAGAGCACACAUUAAACACCAACUAUUUUUUAUUUAUCUUUUAAUUAAUAUGAAUUAUCAACUAUAAACAGUAUUAUACUACAUUUAUAUAUAUUUAUUAUACUUAUGUGAAAAAAAAAAUGUUUGGACUAUUAUCUACAUUAACGAGUUCGCUAAAAAUUUGAUGAUUAAACUAUUACUAAUAUUAUUAAGUUCUUUGAAUUCAAAUUUAUUUAACUAGUUUUUAACUGUAUAUGAUAGAUCUUUGGUCCCAGAGAUGGUAAUCUUACGUUCAUUAUGUAUAUGUAUAUUAUGUAUAUUUUCAAUAUACGCAAAUUCAGUUUUGAAAAUUACAUUAUUGCUAGAUUACUAAAUUGCUAUGUAGUAAAUUUGAAUUAUGCCUUUUUGCCAAGCAAAAAGUACACUAUUGUAAUUUAAUAUAUUUAAAUUUUCAGUAUGAAAUGCAUUAGAAUGUACAUGUAUUUAUGUCAUUUAGACCAAAAGUAAUGAUAAAAUAUUUACCUAAAUAGAAUUAUAACAAAAAAUAUAAAAAUUAUUUUAAAUCCUUUUUUUCUGGAACUAAAUAUAAAAUAUUAUAGUUAUUUUAUAUUGAAAUACUUUCUUCAUAAAAUACGAUGGUUCAUUGUAAAAUUAAUUUGCAUACAACGGAGUAAGUUAUAGAUAAGUACGUAAGGUGACAUAAAUUAGUUGAGCGGAGUUGCAAUUUUGAUGUAAUGUUUGAAUCGUGAAUUGUGAGUAAAGUUAGUGGAAUCUAAAGUAGGUAUUCGGGAAGUCAGUGGCAUUCCUCGCUAUGAUAUUAUUUUAUUUUCAAAAAGAAGGACAAGUAAUCCGUAUGACUUAUAUUCUUCUUGGCUUCCGUACUAUAUGUUUAGUAUAUUAAAUUUAAAAUAUUAUUAUUUUAUGAAAAUCAUAUUACUAUAUUUAAUAUUAUUGUAUGCCUUACAACUUUAUUAAUAUUUUAUUGUCUUUAUAUAAUAUAUAUGUAUAAUAUAUAUGUAUAAUAUAUAUAUAUAUAUUGAAUGAUUUUAAUUAUCAUCAAAUAAGAUAAAUUAAGAUCGUUUUAAUGUCGUAUUGUAUUAUUUUUAUUUUUUAUUUAGUAAUUUGAAAAAAAAUUGAUAUUAACGUUUGCAAAUCAAAUAUUGUAAAACCCGACGAAUGAUUUACAUACUCAAUAUAGUUGAUUAUAAUUUGUAUAUGUCUAUCGCCUCAAUCUCUAUACGUUUUUCUACCUAUAUAGCUAGCUAUGUAUGAUACAGAUUUUAGCUAAAGUAAAACGUCAAUUAUUAUGAAAAUCUUCAUACGAGUUUUUCUUAUUUUAGGUUAAAUAAUCGGUACCAAGUCGGUAUAAAACCGUGCAAAGAUUUGCUGGGGCAUUAUAUCUAUUUUACAGUAAUCGACUUUUGAAAAUAGGCUAAAAUCAGUACCAACUAUGCAGAAAAACGUGCAGAGAUUCAGGCAGUAGUACCACAAAAUAUCAUUACUAUUUGCGUAUACUAUUUACAUCAGUGAUUUAUUUGGUUGUACAGAUCAAUAAUUUAUUACACAAUAAUACUAUUAACCGAGAACGCUAAACAUUUUGGUUUUAUAAAUUAUGUAUAAUAAUUCGGUAUUUUUUGUGUAAAUACCUUAUUAAUAUACCUUGUCAGGUACCUCUAAUGUUCAGAGAAAAUAAAUCACAGUGUCAUCUUAAUAGGGAGUGCUUUAAAAACGUGUACCUAUCUAUUUAUCGUUAGAUUGUAUAUUAUUGAUGUAAAAGGAUGAAAACAAAUCUGUCGAUUAUAAUACAAUGUAUUAAUAUCUUGUGAUCGAUAUUUUAUGAGUUAAAAUAUUAUUUUUGGUAUAAUGUUAUUAUUUGCAUUAAUUAGAAAAGUUUUUUUUUUAUAUAAUUGAGUAAGAGAGGUAUAUCUUAUACAAUAUUUUCUUUCGUACUUAAAUAUUUUGGUUUAUAAUGGCGUUUUUAAAACUCAAAAGUAUAUUUACUAAAACUACACUGAAUAAUUAAUAAGUUUUGAUAGUCUUUUGAUAGAGGUAGGUGGGUGUUGCGUAAUAUUAUAAAGGUCAAAUAUUAAAUUAAAAAAAUAAAAAUAAAUGUGAUUAUCCGUGCUUUUGAUAAAUGCAUGAUAAUAUUUCCCAGUUACAUUAAUUUGUAUAUAAGGAUUAUUAGUAUAGGUCAGCGAUUCUUAAACUUUUGGUGCAUACGGAAUGAAAGACUAAUGAAAGUCUAAUAAAAGACUUUUAGAAAUCGCAGACCCCUUACUAAUACCUUUUUUUUUUUUCUACAAAAUAUCUCAUAUUUCGUAUCAAUAUUAAUAGGUGAUAGAUAUAUUUGAUGUUAGUGGCGUAGCUAUAAUUUUGAAAUGGGGGGACCAAAGCCAAACAUUUUUUGAAAUUUUAUUCAACUGUAGUUAAUUAUAAUAGUUUUUUAUUACUAUAACAAUUAUUUAAAUGGAUAUUAAAAAAAUUAAGCAUUUUAAUUUAUUAAAUUCAUUUCGAUCAAUCUAAUUAUAACAAACACCGAUUUGAUUUUGAAGAAAAAACUUGUAUAACUUCUUUUUCUGUGGUUUUUACUGAUUUGUUUAUCUUUGUCAUAGCUAUUCAUAGGUGAUCCCAAAUAAUUCUUCAAUAAUUUUAGAGUGGAAAAUGUGCGUUCUAGUGUUGCUGAUGUUACCGGUAAUGUUACAAAUAAUUGAAGUAAUAAUUUCACAUUAGGUCAUUUUGUUAAAAAUUGAUUAAAAAAAAGUUACUAUCAAAUAAAUUGAUAAUAUGAAGAGCACUAAUGCGUAGAAUAUUUUUCAAACGUAUUAAUAAACUAUAUAGGUUAAUACGUAAAUGCUUUGAUACGGCUAAUGGGGUGCAUAACCUAUUGCCCCCCCCCAUGGGGCACUGUUUAAUGGUCUUAAUAGUUAUUUUCUUCAUAUCAAACAAAAAAUUAAGAUCAACACAGGUAUUCGAAUUUCAUUCAUGUUAAAAUCACUUUAAUUAGUUAAAAAAUUAAGUUAAAGUAUCUAAUAUUUACACAAUAUUUUUCUAUUUUUCAUUUAAUUUUUUUUUUUUAUACUAUAGAGCAGAAAUAUCGUAUUGUUCCGAUGAAAAUGUUUACAGUUUCAUAUUACUAUAAUUGAAAAUUUAUUAAUGUACUUUUAUUUUUCAUCUUAUUAGUACUUUUAUCGAUUGCAGUUAGUGUUACGUCAUCAAUGACAGGUAAUGCAAAUAUCCUGUUGAACAGUUUGCACAAAAAAAAGCUGAUAAAUGUGCCACUGUAGUAAGUGGAAAGUUGGAAGUGAGGAUAUAUAAUAUUAUUUAAUUAAUAUCUGUACACAGUGCUUAAUCUUGCUCAAUAAGUAUCUACAAUUCUGAAUGACAUUUUUAUUAAACAUGUUUUGAAAUGUCGUAGAUUUUAAGAUUUUUGUCAACAUUUUAACUAAAAAUACAAACCAAAUGGACCAUUAAUUACAACUUAAAAUUAACCUCGCGUUAUAUUGUCAAGCAAUUUUGUUGGCCAAACAAUUUUAUCCAUAUAAUGUUUUUAUGUUUAUAAUUAUUUAAAAAAAAACUAGAUAAUGUUCAAUGCAUAUAUAUAGCUCAGAAAUUCCCAGAAUAUUUUGAAAAAUUUACGAAAAACUAAUACAAGAAUUUUGUAAUAAUUGCUAGGCUCUGUGAUUAUUUUCAACUGAGUUGCAUCAAAAUACAAAAUUAAAAAUAAUGAAACCAUAUAAAAUGCCUUAAACAUUCCGGUUUUCCCACCUUUUUCCUGGUUUUUCUUAUUUAUAAAGAAAAAUAAUUGGGAAAUCAAAAUAAUCAUUUCCUAAAUACAUCAAGUAGGUCUAAAAUUAUUUAAAAAAGCUCUCUUGUCGUUUUUUGAUUGGAGCAAUGUAGUGUACACACACACACAAAGAGUCCGUAUCAUCAUAAAACCAAUACACUUCCCGGCUUUCCCUAUGCUCAGAGUUUGAAAAAAAAAUUAUUUAUAUUCUACAUAAAAAUCUUUUUUAAUAUUCAAAUCAAAAGCAAAAAAAAACUGUUUUUAUUUCGUAGAAAAAAAAUAGAGAAUAUCCUAUCGUAUUUUAGGUAAAAGGGCUAUUGUAUAGGUACCUCAGACUUGAAGAAAAUCAUUCCAUGUUUUAGUAUAGCGUAAGGCAUUCAGUGAAGCUAUUCUAUUGUUCGUUUUUAUAGAACUCCCACGAAUUUUCUAAGCAUUAUUAUUUAUUUUACAUCACAUAAAACUGAUACUAGUGGGCAUAGUUAUUUAUUUUAGAAAACAUUUUUAUUAUUCACUGUAUUGUAUACCUAUAUAAUAUAUAGGUGUGGGUGCGUUAUAUUCGUAGAUAUGUCUGUUUAUUGAUAGUAAAACCAACUGGGUUGGUUAAGUGCGGAGUAAAAUGAAAAAUAAUAUAAUACACUUUAUACACUUCGUGUGAAAUAACACCGAGUCUUAAUCUCGUUCACCUGUAGAUCCGAAAUAUUCAUUAUUAUAGUUUUUGUGUUUAUAGUUUCAUAACGAUUUUCUCACCGUAAGAUUUUCCGAAAAAUGUUAUACGUUAAUAUUUUUCAGUGAAACAUCUGGGAAAGUUGUCCAUAUAGAAACGAUUUUCUUUUGAAUUAGUAUCUAAACGUAUAAUAGUUUUAUUUGAGUGUAAAUAUUCAUAGUUUAAAUACCUAUUUUUGAAAUUGUUACCUUUGAAAUUUUUGUGGAUUAUCUACUUAUUAUUAGAUUCUGGGUGAAGUGAGGAAUUUAUUGGUUUUACAACAAUGUUUAUCCUUUUUUUUUAUAAUAAUAAUUAUUUUUAAAUUAUAAACAACCAUUCUACCAGAAAUCUUUUUGCGAUUUUCAAAUUUAGUACCUUUUCUGAAAGUUAAUUUUAUGUAGGUGGUAUUUUAGUCGGUUAAUUUAAGAUUUUUCAAGCGGUUAAUACAUAUUGGGGAAAUCCAGGAAAAACGUAAAAGAAACCUGGAAAAUUUAUAGCUAAAAAUUUACAGUUUUUUGUUAGUAAAGAUUAAUCGCUGCGUUCAGAUAUACAUUAAAUUCACCUUUAUAUUCUAUUUUCUCUAAGUUUAUCUACAAAAAUGGCCUAUUAAUCGUGUAAAGUAUAUCCAUAAUUUUUUUAAAGUAAUACAAAUAUUUGAUUAUAAAAUUGGAAAAUAAUUUCUUUGUAUCCGUUGUAUAUUUUAUUUUUUUCUGUUUCUUGUAAGUAAAAUAUAAGUAAAAAAAGUUUAAUAAUUUAUGACUAGUUUUAGAGGUAUAGCGAGAGGGACUAUAUAGCUAACCUCCUUUGCGUUGUGUUUAUGUAUGCACACUAUUGCACAAUUUGAGUGUUAACUACAUUUCCAAUAAUUUCUCCUUCCACUCCUAAAGGAAACGUUUUUUACACUGGACAAAAUGAAAACGUAGUUAAGGAGUGCUUUGUCAGAAAAUAUACUCAAUACGUUAUAACCAUGUCUAAUAUUAGGCACGAAUCCAGAGUAAAGGGGGGGGGGGCAACAAUUUUUUUACAACACAAAUAAAAUUAAAAUAUAAUAUAAUAUGUAUUAUGUAUAUUAUUUUUUCAUACAUAUCAGUGAUUGGAAUAUAGUAAUAUUAAGAUCUAUAGAAUUAGAAUAAAAAAAAAAUCGAAGAAAUAAUAUGUCUAGGGGGAGGGCUGGGCCCCUAGGCCCUCCCUGAAUCCGUCCCUGUCUAAUAUAUAUAUAUAUAUAUAAAAAAAAAAAGAAGACAUUAAAUAGAAAAUAUGAUAUAAUUAUUGCCAUUAUUCAAAAUUCUUUUAGAAAGAUGCACCUGUUAUAUUCUAUAUAAUAUAACAUAGUUUUAAAAUAUGCCGAGAUAUACAUACUUAUAUAAUCUUAAUUUAUUAUUAAAGCUUUUUGAUCAAUUUUUGUUCAGAAUAUUAUAUAAAAAUGUAUAUUGAUGGAAAAACUUUCUUAAUUUUAGGGAGAGUGCUUCAAAGUCCAUCUUCCAAUCUCCAUAUUUUUUAACAGUGUGUUAAUUUUCUACAAAAUAUAAUAUUGGAAUGAAAUAUUUCCUAUGUACACGUAAAAAGUAACAUUAAAAAAAAGUUAAAUUUAUCUUUAUAAGUUUAAUAUGUUGUAUUGUUAUUUAAUGUUAUAUAAUAGGGGUUUAUACAAUUAGAUCACAAGAGGAUCCUUAUCGUUUUUUCAUUGGAGCAGUAUAUCUGGUAGAAAACAUAGUUUGCAAAAAUUUAAUCAUUAAAUUCUGAUGUUUGUGCUAGUUUUUAUCAUGUUCUCUUUAAAAUAUUCACUAUGGCAUUGAUCAUAUAUAAGUAAACGCAUAGAAAACAUUUUACUUGUUAACGUUGAGUUUAAAUUUUUACAAUGAUAUAAUAUGUGCAUGUUUUAAUUUUUUAAAAUAUAGUUCAGAAAAGAUGUUCUGGGGCCGUAUAAAUACAUGUACAAAAAGUUUUUUAAAGCAACUUUACGUAUGAGUACGAGUAUAAUUGGGCACCGAAGAUAGUAUUAUAUUAUUAUUAUAAUAUAUAGUGCUUCGAAAAAGUAAUUUUUUUAAUUUCCCAGUUGGAUACCUUAAAAAUUACGAAAUGUAAUCUGCGGGUGUUUGGAAAUGUUAAUUCUCACGUAGAAUUAUUAUUUUGUUUAAAAAUACUUUGUAAUUUAAAAAAAUAUAUUUAUAAUAUUAUAAUAUAUGAUGGAAAAUUAAAAAUUCUGAAGAAUUGUUUUUAUAUUGAAAUGUUUUUUUUUAAUUAAAACUAUACCACUUAAAUAUAUUGAGUGGUAAUAAAAUAUUAUUUUUAUUGAAUAUAAAUUUUGUAAAAAAAAAAAAUUUUUAUUUUAGCUAUAAUACAAGGGUUUAUUUUUUAAAAUAUCGAAUGGAAACUCUACUGUCUUGGGAUCGAGUAUGUAUCGAGAUUCAUAUCUGUUGUUCGAACUUUUCACGACUUUUCGUAUUGUGUAUUAUAUCUUUUCAAAUUUAUAUUGACGAUAAAAAAGUCAAAACAUUUCGCAUUAUGAGUGUGCCGCUGUGUUAUAUGUUGUGGGUGGGAAGUAUGAAAGUUAGGAUAUAUUGUUAAACCAGAAUUGUCCGGAAAAUAAUUAGACAGACCGUAAAAAUCUGGAAAUUUUCAGUACUUAUACGGACUGUAAUAUUAAGGCGAAACAAACCAUUAACAGCAUUUUUUCGGACUGUAAAAUUCCGGAAUGUAUAAAUUAACCAACAAGGAAACGACGGACUGUAAAAAUCUGGAAAAUGAAACUGUAAAUGUCCGGACUGUAAUCGGUCGGAAAAAUAAAUGUUCUGACCGGAAAAUUCCAGACUGUAAAAAUCCGGAAAGCAUAAAUGCCUAUACCAAAAAGUCUCAGACUAUAAUAAUCCGGAUUAUAAAAAUAUACAUACUAAAAUGUCUCAAACAAGAACUUUCCGGAAUUUAACAAAAAACACUGAUAGAUGUCGAUGUUUCACUUACACAGUACAAACAGAAUAGACGAAUUACGAAUAAAAGAAGGUUUGCUACACUAAGAAUCUAAAAUCAUACCAUUCUGAAAUGUUGUUUCAUGGUAUUUAGAUUAACGAGAGGCAUAAGAAAUAAAUAAAAUUUUUUCUGUGCACGUUUGUUUUAUUACUUGUAUUUUUUGUUUUCAUAUACAAAACUACCAUAUUUUUCUCGAUACAAUACAACUUAUAGGUCAUCUCUCCUUUUGUUUGUACCAUUUAAACUUUAGAAGCCACGUUCUUUUGUAAUGUAUCCGUAUAGAAACGAAACACAUUGUAUUGUUUUUAUUUACUUAUAUUUUUUCUUUGAAGAGUAAUAGAUUGUCUUCUCAAAUUAUAUAGCGUUUAACUGUAUACAAUAUGCUCAAAACAAUAUAGUAUGCUUUUAAUAAAAAUAAUAUUUUAUAUAUUAGAUAAAUAUUUGAGGGCCAUCAUAAAUGUGAUUAGAUUUGGUUAGGCUGUAUAUCAGCGUACAGCAGUUGCAACAAAAUAAUUGAAAUACAUUUUGACGGUUUCAUUUAAUUAUCGUGCAUUUAAUUUAAACAUUUUUUCUUUUGAUCGUUUAUUUAUUUAAAACUAAAAAAUAAAAUCACAAUUUCUAAAUUUUUCGUUCGUGUAUCAAACUUGUGUAUUCACAAUAUUCCACUGUUUAAUAUUUGAAUAAUAUAACUGUUGUUUUAUUAUAUUUCGGCAGUAUUUUAAACAGUUAUACGAGUAAUAAUAAUUAUAUAUGUAUGGAAUAGCUUUAUGUAACUUUUCAACAUUUACUUUGUAUAUUAUUUCAAUCCUUUGAUAUUAAAAUGAUUCACUUGUUCUGAAAGUAAAAUACAUUAUAUAAUAUUAUAAAAUAUAUUUGCGAACCUUAUUAUAAUAUUAUGUAUAUGAUAGGUAGGUAUAUUUUGUAAAAUCGUAUUAAGUAACUGCAAUAAUUAUUAAUAAAUCAUUAUUAAUAAACGAGAAUCUAUUUAAAAUCAAUUAUUAUUUAGUGCUCAUAUAUUUUAAAUUAAAUCCUUUCAUUUUAUCGUUCAUAAAUACAUAUAUGUCUUGGGGUUUAAAAUGUUCUAUAAGAAAUGCCCUGUAUAUAUUUAUAAACAUAUUAGUUGUCUAAUAUUUCCAAAAAAAACUUGAAUCCAAUAUUUACUAAUGAUUUAGUUAGUAGAUAUUUAUUUUUUAAUUAAAAAACCAAAACUUAUUACUUGUAUUAAGGUAUCUUAAUUAUAAAUAAAUAAAUAAAUAUAAUCUAAAUAAUAAUAUAAUAUAAAUAAAUAAUAUCUGAAUACUGUAAAUUAAAUACAUUUAUAUGAUUAAUGACUGUAUAGUAAAACCUAAUUCAUUUUUAAUAUCAGGAUAUCAUAAUAAUAUUAUACAUAUAUCACGGUUCAUACAAUCUGAAGUGCGAAAAAAUACUAUUUUACUACGUUUCAUAUUUAUUAGAUAGAGGUAAAUAAUUAAUUAGAGAGUGAAGUGUUGGGACCUAUCUCGAAUUUUGAGGUAAAUUCCUCGACAAUAGUAUCAAUCCAAAAAGGAAAAAUACAAGUAAUAAUAUUCUGCUUAGAAUUGUUUUUCGAUAGCAUGGGUUAUAGUUGAGUAUAAAUAAAAAAUAAAUUACUCUACAUAUUCUCCUUUCCAACUUACUCCUAAAAUAGUGGUAGGGAUAUCCAUCAGUUGUUUUAGCAGUGGUGGUCAUUGAUUUUGUUAAGGAGGAGAAAAAUGAUAAUUUUUAAUAAUUUAUUAUUGUUCACAUAAUACAGGGUGUCCCUUGAAUUGAAAUAAGGGAGGUUAGAAAUACCUGAAAUUAUUUAGCAGGCUAUAAUUGCAUUCACCAAUUGAUUAUUAUUAUGAGUAUGGUUAAUUGGCUUUACACUUAUUUUAUCUGCAUAUUAAAAAAAUAUUAAACAUUACGAAUUCAAUUAAAAUAAAAAGUUGAUACAUCAUCAUUUUUAGAAGAAUAAACUCUAUAAAAUAGCUGUCUUCAAAUUAUUUAAUAAUAAUAAAGUAAAAAGUUAAUUAUUGAAUUUUUAUCAAAUCAUUAACAAUUAAUUGUUGAGUGUGAGUAACAUAAAAAAAAAAAACCAGGAUUUGAUUUUUUUUAUUAUAUCAGGAGAUAUUAAAACGGGAUAUCUUCGCGGAACUCCCUGUAUAGUGUAUAUAUUGCUAUAAAUGGUUGAGACAAAUUUGAUCAUUUCCUUAUCCCCACCUUCUGUUUGACCGAUUCUGAGUACUAGACUUUUGUAAAGAAAUUUAAAUAAAAGAAAUACACGUUUCUAUGUAUGUAUAUUAUACAAUAAUUGUAUAAUUGUGUAUCUUUAGACGUUUUUCAUAUUUAAUUUAAUAUUUAUAAAAUAUUACAUUUAUUAGUCCUAUUGAUUAAAUUAAGUUUUAUUUGAAGUUUAAACGUUUAAAUUUAUUGUAAGAUAUAAUGCGGAAUAAAAUUGUAAAAAUAUAGCGUAUCGAUUAGAAAUAAACUUUCAAUCACUUUGUAGAUUACCUGCACAUUUAGUAAAUACCAACAUGGUUAAAUUGUAAUUUCUGUAUUACUUACUUUAUUUUAUUAAGCUAAUCAAAAAGGAAAAAUUUAAUUAUUAAGAAAUUUGACAAGUAUUUUUUCAUUAUUAUGUGUUGUAUUAUUAUAUGUAUACUAUUUAAAAUAAACUAGAGUAUUCCUGUAGUCAAAAUAUUUUAUACGAUAUUUUUCAUGGUAAAUGUUUAUAGAUCAGUAUAAUUUAGUUACAUAUAUUGUAUAACUAUUAAAAAAAUAAUAUAAUAAAACUUUACUGUAGUUUUAAAUAUUUUGCUCUUGUUAUUCAAAAGCUUAUUUAUCUUUUAAGAUACUUCGUUGGAGGUUUGUUUGUUACUAUGUAUAUUUGGUCGCAUGGAAGAGGGGCUUAAGAUAAUUUAAUCUUGUUAAUGUAUAGAUUUUAAUACAAACAAACAAAAUUUUGAGAAUUACUAAAUUUCAUAAUGAUAUAAUUGCUGAAUGGCUAAAUUUUUAUAUAAUAAAUAUGAAUUAUGCUCUUUCACCAAACAAAAAGUAUUUACUUCGUAGUGACUUAAGAUUUUAAUUUUUAGUAUAACAUGUGAUAAAAUAUAUACAUUAAUAACAUUUGGACCAAAAAAUUAAGCAAAAAUAAUAAGAUAAAAUUACAAAAAAAAAAAAAUGUCAAAAAUUAACUUAAGCCCUUCUUCCUUCCCUGGGACUAAAGAUAUAUUAUAGACAUAUAUCUAAAUGAAAUAUUUUUAACUAAAUUAAUAUUUUCAAAAAGACAAAUAGCGUUUGUAUAUAAACAAUAAUUUAAAUAAAUUUGAACAUUUUUCCAUUUAUUAUUUUUAUUUUUGUAAUGCUAGUGAUAUUUUAUGUUUUAAAAGACGUUGACAAAUCUAAGCGCUUGAGCUUUUGUUUUAAUUUAUUUAUAAAACGUAAAAACUGUAGUCUUAUUAUAAUAUUUAUCUUUAUGGUUUUUAAUAUUGCAAACAAAAAAUAUAUUGCGCAGGCACAAAAUAUCAUCGUAUAGAUGAUGUAUAUUUGUAUAUUCGAAUAAUUGAAAUAUUUUAUUAAAAUACAUAAUUGCAGUCACUGUCAUAGGUAAUUUAAUGUAUACCCAGUAGCGUACGCAGGGCUUUUUUUUAAGAGUGGUUUUGUUUAUAAUAAUUUCCUUAAGCAUAUAUUAUAGGAACAGUACUAUCAUUAUUUUUACUCAAUAAAUGAUUUUUGACGAAAUUAAAUUUUAUUUUAUUCUGUGAUUUAAGAUAUAAUGUUGUUGACUGAAAACUUGAUUGGAAAAAUGUAGUUAAGUAAGACAUUUCGGGAGAGGUUUUAACCCCUUAAUCUCCUUCUGUGAGCGCAAUUGUGUAUACCUGUAAGCAACGAUAAACAACCAUUGCUAACGAAAAAACGAUUUUGAGCUGAGUUCAGUUAAUAGUAAUGCUUUGUCAAUAUUAUAUUUGUCUGUGAUAAAAUAAUAAAAUAGACAUAAUAUAUUUUUUUUAAUAAUAUUUGUUUAAUAUUGUAAUAUUUUAGUAAUAUAUUUCAUUACAUUUUCCCGUUUUUCCUCAAUUUUUUAGGUUUUCUUAUGUAUUGAGAAAACUCGUGAGAAAAUCGAAAAACUACCUCCUUAAAGUACUUUCCCACACCGAUUUCUUUUUUGAAAUAUUGCUACACUUAAAGAGCAAGAUUUCAGAUUUACAGAUAAAAAAAAAUAAAAAAAUUAAUGAACAUCUUUGUAAAACCUUAAGCUUCUUCGUUCCGCUCAGAAUCUAAAAGACGUUUCCGUAGAAAAUAUUACUAUACAAUAAUAAUAAUUUAAGUAUUUAAAUUUUUUUUAAAUACAAUUUUUAACAGGUAGGUAGAUAUAUUUGUAUACAAAAUAUUUAUUAAUAAUUGUUCAUUGUUUAAAUUAUUCAUAAUUAUUCUAUCUGAGUACGCUCACUUUGUUUUUGUUUUGUGUAUAUUACCAUACCACAGAAUCUUAUUAAAUAUUGCAAUUAAUUUAUAAAGUUUUGACCGCUAAUAUUUGUCUUUUAUCAAAAGUAUUUAUUUUAGGUACAUAUAUAUAUAUAUAUAUAUAUAUAUAUGUAUGUAUACACACCUACAUAAAAUUCAAAAUUAAAUUCGUAAAACGAAUUAUUAUGAUAACGCAUAAAAAAUAGAACAAAAAAAAGCGCUGAUCCUACUGAUGGGUGUACCACUGUUAGAUUGAAGUUGGAAGGGAGGAUAUAUAGAGUAAUUUAAUUUAAAUUUUUAUACCGCGAUAAGCCAUUGUUAAUGAAAAACAAUUCUGAACAGAGUAUUAUUAGUCGCAUUGUUCCCCUUAUUGUCAAGGUAACCCGAAAAUCAAUGAAAAUUAUCCAAAAAUAGGCUACUUUUCAUGUAAAUACAAAUUUGAAAAUUUGCGCUAUUAAAGUAAUAAAUUAUUAUUACUUUUAUCAUUUUGCAGACUAAAUAAAAAUAAAUUUUGGAAAAUAAAAAAAAUGUUAAUAUGAAAUUUUCGAUUUUAUUCAUUUAAUCGGUAGGAUGGGCAUUUGGCAUGUUUCUGAAGAAAAUUAUUUACUUAGGUACCUAGUUCGAAAAGUUUUACUCAUUAUGAACAGUAAUCACCGACGACGUUAUAAAACUUACCAAUAUAUACGCGAGUCUAUAACUAUCACGAGUUUAAAAAAAACGUACUUUAUACCAAAACGAGAGUUUUAGUUUUAGUACACAAUUUUUGAAACUUUGAAGGUUUUAUUUUUACAUUAGGUAAUUGAAAACUCGUGAUAAUUUGUACGAAGGAAACCUUUAUAAAAAUGAUAUUGUACAUUGAAUGUACAUGGCAUAUAGUAUACACGCAUAUGUCUCAGCAUAAUUGUUACCGCAAAAUUACAAACAUUCAUUUAUUUUUUCAACUGUCCAGUAUUUUUUAUAUGAACAAAUUUCGGAUGGAAAAUAUAUAGUUUUAUUCAUGGUGUUGAUUGAUUAGAAAUUUAGUUUGUUCUUUAAAAUAUUAAUUUACGAAAUUCCAUGAGACAUUUUUUUUUUCGAGAAUAUUAUACGAAAAAUUAGGUUAGUACAUACGUAAAAUCGUAAAAAUACUAUGAAUUCUUUUAAGGAAACGGACUUUUUUCCAUUAUUACUCAUAAUUAGUAGCGUAAGCUUACAAAUAAUGUUGGUAAUAAUUUGAUUUUUAUUUUUCAUUGAACGUUAUGAAUAAUUUACACAUUUUUUAUUUUAAGUAUUGCAUCAUUCUGUAUUUUUUUUAUAAAGGACUAUAAAUGUCGUCAUUCAUAAGCGUAACUUAUUUAAACUAUACCUAUAUUUUUCACCUCCAAAAUCAUUCUUAUAAUAGGUAUAUAUUAAAUACAUAAUUUCAAAUUCAAAUAAAGAUUACCUUCAAUAAUUCUGUCAUUGAAUUUUUAUAUAUUUUUUUUUUUUUUUGAUUUCGAUUUAGGUAUAUUUACUGUUCAAUCAUUUCGUGAUAAGCAUUUGUACCGUUACAUUUAUUUUAUAUAGAAUAAUUUUAACCUAAAGAGAAGAACUAGGUACUAUUAGUAAGAUUGAGGAAGCAUGGAGUGAUAGAGUGUAAACGACACUAAUGGGCCUAAAUUUCCUAGAGUAAUCUCCACCGUAAAAAAGAAAACAAAUAAAAUAUUAUACAAUGAUUUUACUUUUAUUUUAAUUUUGUUUUUAUUAGCAACUUGAAAUUGUUGUAUAUAGAUACAUCGGUGAACUUUGGUGUGCAGAUUUAUUUUUUCAAAAACGACGAUUCAUUAUUACUAUUACAAUUUUAUAAUAAUAGUAAUAAUAUAAUUGAGUGUCUUCUCAGUUGCACCCCUGUGGUUUCUCUAAAAUAACAGUAACCUACCCCCGGAGUGAAGAGAGUAGUAUGUUUUUUUUUUAUUCAUGUAGCUUAACUCUAUAAUUUGUACAUAGAUAUAUAUUUAUAUAUAUAUAUGGUAAUAUUUUAACGUGUUAUUUCAAGUAAAUUACUCGAAAGAGAUUAUGUGUCAGGUAUUUCACACGCAUUUUUUGUUGUAAUUUUUUAAAAAUGAUUUACCCCCUCCCCAAACACACACGUGUUUACGUGUUUAUAUUAUGCUUAGUAUGUUUAAUUUAGUAUAAUAUAAUCCAAUUCGACUGAGUACGGUGUUCGUAUAUAUACAAAAUAUUAUAUUUCGUAUAUUUCGGACAAAUGAAUGUAAGGAUUAGCUUGAAACGUGUAUAAAAAAAACGUAUUUCGGAGUUAUAAGGGUGGUUCAUUAUAAAGUAUUUUUCGCGGUGGAUGGUGGACCAUGUAUUUUAAGGUUAAGCGGUCAAUAAAGAACUACAGCGUAGUGUGUAACAAAUAAUAUAAGGGCAACCUUUAAAGCCACAUAUAGUAAUGGCGUGUAAAUAUGGCCCGGUGGCCGUUGCAUCGAAGAUUUCCCUGCUGUAAACGUAUUAAGCAAAAUACCCACACAUACACACAACCUUCGGAAUACUCUUAGGAUUCAAUUUAAUCCGAUGAAUAACGACAAGCUAAUAUAAUUCGUUAUUCAGAUAUUCCACUAUGGAGAUGUAUAGAUGUUUGAUGCAUUCAAAUUUCAAGAAUAAUAUUUUCUACAAAAUAUUAUUAAUAUUUAUUAAUAUAUUUAAAUAUUAUUUAAUUAAUAUUUAUAUUAAUUUAAAAUAUUAUAUUAUUAAUAUAUUUUCUGCUUUCAAAAAGUUUUUAAAGUGAAUAAAUAAAGUUAUUUUUUUUUUUGUAUUUAGGGGAUUAAAAUAAAAAUUACAUUUUUCUCCAAGUCGAUGGUUUUUUGAAGACAAACCGAUUGAAAAAAAAAAAUCGAACAAAAUUUAAUAUUAAUAGCGCUAGAAAAAUCCGUCAAACACGGCGGGACACACUGUAUAUUAUUCGAUAUUUAUGUUUUCUGAUUUAUUUUCCUUAACGUUUUAUAACAGUAUUAUUUUUACGAUUGUGUUAUAUUUCAUGAUAGAAGUGGUUAUUAGCUUAUUAGUACUAUUAUUAUCUUAAAGCAAUGUUAUAAAAUUAAAAUAUCAAAAUUACACAAUACGCGUGUUAUCAUAAUAUUGUUUGAUGGCAUAAAAUAUGCGUUGUUAUAAAAAAAUAUCAUUUUAACAAAUGUUCACUAAAACUAAUUUUAAAGAAAAAAAACCAAAAAUGCAUAGUAUUUUAUACCUAUAGUGUGAACUCUGUUCGUUAAAAUCAAAACGGUUAUUAGUAUACUUAGGCGUACUGUAAUUAUCCAUUAUAAACAUCAAAUUAUUAGAUUAUGCAUAGCUAUUACCCUAUAGUUAAAAUAAUUAAAUUAUUCAAUUUAUCGCACGAAUAAUGGGAUUUGCUUUUCGAUUUGUACUAUAAUAUGUUUUAAGAUUCAGAGCUUAGUGAGUAAUGUAUAAGUUUUAUUAUAAUGUGUGUUUUGGUAAUUUUAGAUUCGAAGUGGAGCGAAAAAGCAUAUGGUUUUAUAAAGAUGUUAAUUUUUUUUUAUCUGUGCGCAACUUUUCUAUCAGAAGACUUAUUCAGAUUUUUAAGCGUGACACUUUUUCUGAAAGAAAAUCGGUGUAGAGAGGUAUUCUAAGCAGGUCAUUUUUAGAUUUUUUCCGGAGAUUUCUAUCAAAUGUGAACAACUGGAAAAAAAAAUGGGAAAAUGAACAAAAUAUAUUUACAUAAUGUUACGAUAUUUUUUCCUGUGCACAACCUUUCUACCAACAAUUUUGCACCAAUUUAUAAUGACAGCAAUAUUUCUAAAAGGAAAUUUGACUGGGAAGGUACUUUAUGGAGAUCGUUUUUCGAUUUUCCCAAAAGUUUUCCAGGUAUUAUUAACAAAUAUUAUUAAAGAAAUAGAAAUAAUAAUAAUAUGACAUAUAUAUCAUAGAAUCUUUUUUUGUAAGCAAUGGUUUGUAGUAUCUUAUAGGUAUGCAUCAAAUUACCUAUAAGGCUAUAACAGUGGCUGCACCCGUCCCCAUUACCUUAGGACGCCUUUUUAUUAUUUUUUUGACUAUUAUUAUUUUUACUAUUAUAGUAUUAAACUGCAUGGACAAAUAUAAUUUUUUGAUUUGUCUUACGCAAAUUUCUUUACUAGGCUUUACACAAAUGAAAAUAAAAUAGGAAUAUGUAUAGUAUAUUUGUAUUGAAAGUGUUAUGUGAAUCUUUCAUAUCUCCUUAAAAAAUAGUUUCCUUAUUAUGAUAAUAUAUAAAGCUAUAUCUAUAAUGUAUGAGUAUUUGAAUAUUAUCUGUUUUAUUCGGGCUUCAUUAUGGAAAAUCGCGUAUCAUAAUAAAAUAAUCUAGAAAAUAGUAAGUAUUCCUUCUUAUAAGAUAAAACAUUUUUUUUCUUUUAAUACUUUGGAUAGUAUCUUUAUUAGUUUAUCUAAAAUAGAACAGCUGUAGCUCAGAGUAUAGAAUAAUAUAUUAUGUAAAUAGUAAUGAAAACUCUACAAGCAUUGUUCAGACAAUUUAUAAAAAGAAAAUAAUAAACAUAUUUAUAGAAAGAGCUACUCAUCAACUUGAAAAUUGUUCUGUUACGGGAAUAAUUAGUGAGGCAAAGUGGUAUGGAAAAAUAACAAGUUGAAAUCGAAUGGAGUCUGAAAUUGAGUUGAUUUAUUAGUUCGGGACAAGCAAUAGAACCAUCUAUGAGCUUUCUUAGGAAUAACUGUUUAUCAAAAAUACGCCUUUAACUAGGUUUGAUAACCAUAGAGCCUUAACAUUAGUUGAUUCAUAAUUAUGAGGUUCGUGUUCAAUAAAGCUUUCAAGCAGCGAAGCUUACAAAUUUACGUAGUACCUUUUCAGUCUGGUUGAACUUGCUGUAGGCGAUCCCAUUUAACAAUGGCAUACUUUAGAAAUGAUCAAAAAGCGCACAGUAUAAUGCUUUUAGCGGUGCUAUCAAAUUAAAUUUUCUAGCGAGCCUUUUUAUAAAGCUAAGUGUUCAAAUCCUUAUAGCGACAUUUUUAGAUUCUGAGUGAAGCUAGGAAUGUAUUAGUUGUAUAAUGAUGUUUAUAUUUUAUUUUUAUCUUUCAUGUGAACAACUUUUUAUCAGAAAUUUUUCUCUGAUUUACAGAAUUUUUCCUGAAAGAAAAUAUGACUGAGGUGGCAGUUUAGGAAAUGUUUUUUUUGACUUUUUCCGGAGUUUUUCUAAUUGAUGAGAAAAACCGGAAAAAACAUGAAAAAAACAUAGAAAAAACAGGAAGAUAGGUACAAUGUUAAAAAAUAUUAUUAAAGAAAAUGUUUAAUGCAUAUGUAAUUAUUUAACCAUAAUAUGACACAUAUUAUGAAUAUAUCAUAUAUCAUGAAAUAACACUAUCAAUCGAACUCUGCUCAGUAACAUUUUUUUGUUAGUAAUGGUUAAUCGUUGCGGACAGAUGUACAUUAAAUUUUCGUCUAUUUACCUUCCCAAUUUUCCACCUAUAAAAGUGAAUUUACCCUCUAUUCAGUCCUCAUUAUCCUAGGACAGCUUUUUUGAUAUUAUUUUGGAAGUUUAAUUCCCGAUCAAGCGGUACCAAUAACUUCAUAGCUGGUAGAGAAUCAUAAAAAGUGUAAUUAAUUACAAUGGGGGACAUGAAUUGUGUGGAAGGACAUAUAUUGGCACUUAGAAACAUUGAACUCUAAACUAAUGUUGUUAUCCCAUACAUCUAAUGUAUCCAGAUUAUUUCGAAUUAGGUGGCAGUAAUUCAAAAAAAUUAUACAAAUUAUACAAAAUUACUGUUACUAAUAACACUUUUAAUACUAAUUAUGAAAAUAGAAAAAAGCAUUGGAGAAAAGUGUCCACCUUGAGAAACCCCGAAUUGAACAUUUCUGAUUUUUGACUUAAUACCGAAAAAUGUUACGUAUCACGAUUUACUAAAUAUUAACUAAACCAAGAUAAUAGCGAUUCUCCGAAUUCACUAGAUACGAGAAUUUAUGUUAGUGUCUUAUAGUUCAACCUUUCCAAAGUCUGUGUAGAUAAUAUCUACUUGGUUGUCAUUAGUGAAUGCAUAAAAUAUUAUCAACAUUAAGUGGUGUAACUAUAAUAUUACCGAAAAAAACAAAAAUCAAGAGUUUGAUAUUUAUACGUUAUUUAUUACAGUAAUAUUAUUGUAUAUUGAUCGUAUGUUUGAUGCGUUUAUAAAAAUUGUUGAAUUCGAUAAAAAGACUAAAGAAAACUUCGUUUGAAAAUUUCAGUAUUGAGUACAUUUAAAAUAUUUGUAUAUAUGUAAUAAGUUAAAGAAUCAACGGUGCGUAUAAAUGGAUUAUUCGUGAAUUCGGUAUUCAGGAGUAUAAAACGUAGGUAACUAUCCUCAUUAAAACCCUACUCAAAGUCAUAUUUUUAAGUAUAAAUGUAUUACAUAUAGGUUUUAUUAUUGUAAUGAAUUAUUAUUAUGACUAUAUAUAAUAAAAUCGUGUUAAAAUAAUUAUUCUAUUGGUUAAGUAUGACAUAUUUUUUAUUGUUUAAAAAAUAAGUUUUUCGAUGAAAAUUAAUUUUUGAGACUUUAAAGUUCAAAAGUUUUUAUACGUGACAAUUUUCGUUUGUAUCGUUAUCAUUUCUUAUCCUAUUCCGGUUUAUAGGUAGAUUCUUAUAGGUGGGUCAUAAAAUAAUACAUUAUUCAAUAAAUACUGGUAUAUUUUCGUACUUCGUGGUAAAGUGGGAAAGUGGAAUGGAUGUAUAAUAAUUGGCUUAUAUUUUUGGGGUCAAACCGAAUAAAAGAGAUAGUAGCAGAAAAGUUUCAAGGAACUUAUAUUAUUGUAAGCAAGUAAUUGCCGUUACGCAUAAAUGACAAGACAAAGUUUUAUUUGACGGCAUCAUUACGAUGAUGAUACUUAUAAGUGGUAUUUUUCCGUUUUUUAAACGAAUUGAAGUUUUUAAAUUUCCGAAUAGAUAUUAAAUUUAAAUAUAAGUAAUUUCAUGAUUAUAUUAUAUACAGAUAUUUUAUAUCAACUUCACACCAACAAGCAAAAUUUCAGCAUGUAGGUACUACUAUUUAAUUUUUCCUUGCCUUAGAUUCUAUAAAACUAUAUAAUAUUUCUAUUAUCUUAUAGGUUACCUAUGUAUUAGGUAAUCAAUACCUAUACACAUUACUGUCGACAAUAUCGGAAACAAAAAUUAUUUACAAAAUCUCAAAUUAUUUUUUUUUCUAGGUUUUCGUACUUUUUCGUAAUUUCAACAAUAAAAACCACUUAUUUCUGUAGAUGUUUGUCUUAUAUUCAUUUAAUCUUAUUUCUAUUUCGUCGAACUAACUAUUCUUUCUUUCCUAGUUGAAUAUUUUUAAAAUAAAUAUAAGGAGCACAAGACCAUAUUUUCAUGUUUAUUUAAAAAAAAUAAAAAUCACGCAUUCAAUUUUUCUUUUGUUAAAAUAGAAAAACAAAGUAAAUAAAUAAAGAAGUUAAAAUUAUUCUUACGUGGAUCAAAAUGACGUUUUAUAUUAUUGAAUAGUUGGUUACGAAAGAUAGAUAAUUUUAUGGGUGUCUGAUGUGAAUGAGUUAAAAAAAAAAACCAUCCACAAAAUAAGAACAGAAAAUAAUAUACGGAUCUCAUCUCAGUUUCCAAAGAUUGACUCGAAUUUUAUAUGGAUACAGCAGAGGAAAUAUUUGCACGUAUUUAACGAAAAUGAUUCGAAUAGUCUAUACAUAUAUGUAUACUUUCAAUUUGAAAAGUCUAUUUGUCUAUGUGUUUUGAUACGGAAAUAAAGUUCUAUACCUUUAUGUGUACGUAUGCGUAUGGGUACUUGAAAAUCAAUUUCGUUUUCUUUGUUUAGGAUCUCCGUUUUGGUGUUUGCUGGACAUUGUGCCGAUCAAAAAUGAAAAACGAGAAGUGGUGUUGUUCCUGGCCUCGCACAAAGACAUCACACACACGAAAAUGUCGGGAAUGCAAGGGGGCGCUGACUACAAUCCAGGUAAGAUCAAUUUACGAUUUAAGUAUCUACCUAUAUAAUUGUGUACGAACGCGAUUUAUGAGGCGGGUUUAAAUAUUAAAUUCUGGGAUAAGUUAGGUUUUUAAUGUUUUUUUUUUUUUUAACUGUUAACAACUUUCUUACUAUAAAUCUUACUAGAAUUAAAAGCUUUACAGAAACUUUAUGAUAGCAUUUGUUAUAUAGUUAGUGCAUUAGGAAGUCAUUUUUUGAUUUUUCUUGAAUUUUACUGUCAAUAAUUCUAGAAAAACUGACAAUUUGUUGUAUAUUUUUUUAAAUAUAUUAGCAAUUAGGGAAAACUUAUGAUCAAUAUUAUAAUAUGCUUACAAUCGUUUACAUUUCGCAAUGGUUUAUUGAUGCGUACAGAUAUAAAUUUAAUUACUCUAUAUAAUAUAUAUUUUAUAUAUAUAUAUAUAAUAUAUAUUCCCUUAAAACUUCCAUUCUAAAACAAUGACACAACAAACAGCAAUAUCAGUUUUUUUUAUUAUAUCAACUAUUAUAUAAACUUGAUAACUCGACUCGUGUGAACGUCUAAAUAAAUGUCUCAUAUAUUAUUAUAAUUUUAUCUCCUUUUUUGUGUUGACUUGACUUAAAAAGGUUUUCAUAUACAUUUCCCUUGCAAAACGUACAUUUAGGUGUAUAACUAAUAUAUUCGGUUGAUUUAAAUCGUAUAUUUUCUGGAGCCUCAUGGAUUAUACUUAGCGAACAAUCGUGAAAAUUAACAUAGCUUGGAGACGUCGCGUUGUCGUGUACAUAAAGUUACCUGUGCACGGUAUAGUUUUGAUCCUUCUUCGAUUACAGCAAAAAGGUAGGUAUACAAAAAGAGUAAUUUAAAACGCAAGUGAAAUGUAAAUACGAAAUAUAAUAUAUAAGUAGCUACUUGUAAAUUAAUUAAAUUUUUGAAAAUCUACUCGAGCUAUUACAUCGUUUUUUAGUUUCUGAGCGUAACGAGGAAUUGGUGUUACUAUAGUGUAUGUGGUUUGUGUUACAUUUAUUUUUCCUGUAAAUAACUUUUCUACCAAAAAUCUUGCUUUAAUCAAGUUAAAGAUUUCAUUAUUUUAAAUUUUUUUCAUUUUUGUUUUUUACUAAAAACCCUGCUCGACAUUUUAAUCAAUCAUUAUUAUUGUUACGUACAGAUAUAAAUUAAAUAACUAUGUAUUCUAACUUUUGAGUUUUUUUGAAUCUGUAAUCUCACGUUAUGAAUGACGAGUGCGUAAUCGGUAAGCGUACCACUAAUUGAUUUGUUAUUUGAAUAAUAAUUACGAGAAAAAGCCGAUCUCAUUCGCCAAGGUAUAUUACGUAAAGUACAAUAUACAAAAUUGCCGCUUGAUAAUUAGGGACAUUUUUGUAUAAUAUUUGAAAUUAACUAAAUCGUAAAACUUUUAUAUUGGGACUGGACCGUUUCUUUCCAAAAAAAUAGACUUAGUUAUCCUUCGUUGUUAAUUUUUCUUAGAAAAAAUUUAAAAAUUACAUUAUUUUCAUUCGAAAAUUUCUUUUGACUAAAAACUAAAAUCAUUUCUGUAUUUUUCUCCAAAUGUUGAAAUAACUUUAAUAAUACAUAUAAUUGUAGCAAGUAUUUUCAUUAUUCACCUUUCGAUAAUAAUAUUAAAAAGUUAAAAUAAGUCCUGAAUAACCAAAAUCCUUAUUUGUAUGCUUUAAUUAUAUAUAGUGGGAUAAAUUUAAAACCUUUUUCUGGUUACAAUUUAACAUUUUUAUUUUUAUUUCAAUUUAUUAAAUCUUUGGUUCAGGGGAAAAAGGGCUUAAGUCAAUUUUCAGUUUUGUAUAGUUUGCAAUAGAAACAAAUUCAAUUUAUAACUAUAUGACUUAGACUUUUUUUUUUUAUAUAAAUAGUACAAUAUACAAAUAUACAUCAUAGAUACAUAUUAAGUAAAUAAAUCGUAGUAAGAUAUUUUUAUUUUUAUUAUUUCUUACUUUAGAAUAUUAACAUAUACUUAUGCGAUUUAGACCAACAAAUAAACAGAAAAGGUAAUUGCAUAAGGCACAAUUAUAUAUGAAGGAAGAAAAAGAAAAUGUAUGCCUUUCUUCCCUUGGACCAUAAAAAUAUAUCGAGGAGAAUAUGAAAUUUAUUAUUUAUACCUAGUUGUUAUGCAAAUUUUAGAACAGUGAAAAUUACUUAUUUAACUAUACAACUAAUACAACGAUAUCUCAUUUUUGGAAAAAUAUAUAGUUAGGCCUAAUAUUGGCAUUGUGCCAAAUACAGGACGCCGCCGUCCUUUACUGUGUUUUCGAUAAUUAUUUUAACGACACGAUACUUUCAUUUUACAUCAUAUAGACAACAGUUAAUAAUCAUUAAGAGGGUAGGUACUUUGCAUCGUUAUAAUAGACAAAAUUAACUAACUACUUACUUACCUACUUACCUACCUAACCUACCCAUAGUUAAAACGUAAUAAAAUAUAUUUUUAUGAAUAUCGAGUGGAUUUUAUGGGGAAAAAAAAAAAUAUAUAUAUAUAUAUAAAACACAUCAAUUAUACUGGUACUGAAAUAUAUUGUAAUAAGAGCGGUUUUUUAUUUUUCGGACAAGUUCCGUGGUAUAUACCUACUUUAUAUUGCUUAUUAUUAUUAUUAUAUUUUUUUGUAGUAAUUAUUAUUAACCGUGGUGAAGUAGAUGACCGGAGCGGGGUGCUAACAAAUUAUUCUUCAAUCAUUUAACAAAAAGUUAAUAUUUGUACAGAAAAUAAUUAAUCCGCCAUGAGAAACUUGUAUAUAAUUAAUAUACCUUAGAUAUUCUUAAAAUACCGUUAGAAAAUAAAUGUAUUUAAAUAAAAAGUAUAUUAAAUAUAGCAGAAUCAAAAAAAAGAUUCUGAGUGAGGUUUGUUUAAACAUGUUUUGAAAUUCUGUGACUUUUACGAUUUUGGUCAAAAUUUAAACUUUAAACAAAUUACUAAUUUACACUAAACAUUUUACAAUGUAUUAAACAUUAUGUAAAUUAAUGUUCAAAUAUUUCUGACCAGCUAAAACAAUUUCCAAAAUGUUUUGAAAGUUGUACCACGUCUAGAAGAAGCUAAUUUAAGUAUUCUACAGGUCUUUACAAUUAUUUCUAACCGAUUUAUAACAUUAAAACUCAACAUUGAAAAUAAUAAAAUCGUUAAUGCCGUAAACGUUUUCGUUUUUCUACGUUUAUUCCUGGUUUUUUCCGAUUAUAUUAAAAACUGCUUGAAAGAAAAAAAAAUUAUCGGCUCAACCAGCUGCUGUACCAAUUGCUAUACUAACUAAAUCUAUAAUGCUACACAAAAACUCUUUUGUUAUUUUUUGUAUGGAGCAAAAUUUCUGGUAGAAAAGUUCUUUACAAACAUAGGUACAGUAAAAGCGCACAUCAUUAGUAGAACUAAUUCCUCGCUGUGUUGUGAAUCUAAAAGUAGUGAAAAUUUGUAUUUUAUUUUUUGUAGAAAUGUAUAUAUGUUAUAGGCAUUAUGUAUAAUCCAGAUAUUAUACGUAAAUACCUAGGUAUUAUGAAUAAUACCGUAGAAUUUUACUAAAUACAAUUUUUUUUUAAAAUCAAUAUUAUAUUUUAAUGUCAUAAUAUUAUAUUUAAAUAAAAUAAUAUACUAUUAAUAGGGCUGAGAUACAUAAAUCAUUCAUAAGUAAAAAGCGUAGUUUUUCUUUUUUCAUUAACUAAAUUAAUUUAUUUUAUUAUUAUGGCAUAAUAAACUUAAUAAAAAUAAAAUGCCAAAAUUGGAAUAAUCAUAAAAAGCAUUUACAUUAAAAAGCAAGAAAAAAUUGAUUUAUUUAGAUAGGUACAAAAUGAAAUAAAACAAACUUAUGAAUAAAAAUUAUAUUUUUAUCUCGUAUAGAAAAAUCUCUUGUUUUUUUCCCCUAUAUCCACUUUUCAAUUGAAUUAUAUGGUUCACCAUUUUACUAUAUUUAUCGUCAGUGAGAAACACUAUAUUUUUCGUUAAUUUUUGACGACUUUUUAUUUACUUACAAUAAAACUUUGAUUUUAACUGAAGGUUUAAUUUGUUAUUUAUUUCAGAUCACAUAUGGCCAUACAACUGCUGGUUCAUACAUUAUAACAUUUAAUAAAAGUUACAAUAUCUACACAUUAUCCGAUUAAAAAUCAUAAUAAUUAAUCAUAAUAUUUUAUGAAUUUUUUUAUGUUUUUAUAUUAAUAAUAUGAAGAUAGCUCAAUAUCUAUUAUAUUGCCUAAUUUAUUUCAGGAAUUAUUCAUAAUACCUAGCCAUUUAGUAAUUAUGCAUAUUGUCUGGCGUUUUUGUUAUUAUUCAUGAUGCCAGUAAAAUAUAUAUAAAUACAAAUUUUUAAGUAUAUUACAAAAAAUGUAAGUACCUGGAGAAAAUAUCAUUAUAUAAAUAGUGAACUCAUAAAAUACAAGAUAAAAUUAGUCUUAAACUAAUAAGUCGAUUUUGUGUUUUAGAUUCUAAACGAAUUGAAUGUAUUGAUUUUACUAUGAUAUAUAUUGAUAUAUAUUUAAUUUCAAUUUUUUUGUGUCUGCAGACAACUUUUUAAAAGAAAUCUCGUUCCAAUACAAUAAAUAAAUAGAAACUUGCUUGUAGAAUUUUCGAUAGCAAGUGAAUUGCGGAUUUGUAGUCAUAUAUUGAUUUUACUUUUAAUUUUUUUAAUGAAAGGUAAAAAUUGGUAAUUGAUUUAAAAUUCAUUGAUUUCUAGGUUAUUUUGGCAACCUUAGAUGAAAAAAAAUACGACUGAUAAUGCUCUAAUCAGAAUCGUUUUUCGUGAUCAAUAGUUUAUCGUUACGUAUAGUUAUAAUUAAAAUUACUUAAUACAUCUUUUCUUCUAACAUUCCUCCUAAACACCGUGGCACAUUCAUAUGUAGUAUCAGCAUUUUGAUAAUUUUAACAAUAAACUCGAUAACUCGAUUUGUGUGAAGAUGUAUAGUAUUAAUCCACCUAAAUUUUCGGGUUGACCUAAUCUAAAAAUGUUUUUGGAUACAUUUCCCAUGUAAAACGUACAUAGGUAUGCAACUAUAAUAUAAACUCAAUUGAUUUAAAUUAUAUAUAUUUUUUUAAACGAAUUAGAUAUAUUAUAUACGUAUUAUAUUGUGUGUUACAUAGUGCAAAAGUUAAAAACUAGAUUUCAAUUAGUAUUUUAUGUGAUUUUUAUUUGGUAGGUACUCUGUAGAUAAAAUUGUUAGACCGAACAGAAAUGCUUGAAAAUUUAACAGGAGUUUCAUUAUAAGUCGUACUUUGUGACCAAAAAAAAAUUAUUUGUAAUUUAGUUUUUUUUUUUUUUUUUUUUUUAUACGAGUUUUAAAAUCAAAUGUUGACAAAAAUCAUAAAUAUUACUUGAAAGGCUUUUCAAAACAUGCAUAACCGAACUUCGCUCAGAAUCGUUUUUCGUAAGCAAAGAUUAAUCGUUGCGUACAGAUAUACAUUAAAUUCAUUUCUAUAUUCUACCUUCCCAUCUUUUCACUUACAACAGUGGUCUACCCAUCAUGCGAAGUAUGUCCAUAUUUUUUUAAUUUUAUAUUUUCAAGUGUAUUUAAUAUUCGAUUGAAAAUGUUUGUUUCUAAUAUAUAGUAGGGAUAUGUGUCGUUUAUUAAAUUACUAUAUACCUACAUAAUAGGUAUAUAAAAUAUAAUAUAUAGCUACUUUAAAGUAGAAGUAGUUAAGUGAUGCAGUAAAACUAUUGGAAUGUGUACAAUAAUUAUUUUGCAUCUCUUCAGUUUCCAUAGUCCACAUCCUUUAUUAUAACUUCACGUGUAUAAUUAUUCAUGUUGAUCAUUAUAAGAUAUAUUUUGAUUAUAUUAUUAUCGAUGCACUAUUGUUGCCUAUAUUGAAAUAAUGACAAGUUACUAAUUUUUUCAACCAAUUUCGAAAUAAACAAUGAUGUUGUUAAAAUUAUAAUUUUUAUUAGCUAUUUUAGGUUUUUUUAAAGUAUGUUAUUAAUAUUAAUAAAAUAAUUUGACGGUGUUCACGUGAAAAUUUAAAUUUAGUUUCUAUUAUAUGUUAAAGCACAAUCACUUCAUUAAUAAUUUAAUGAUGUUAUGAAAAGAAAUAUUGAAACUGGUGAAAUUACCUCAUACUCGUAUUUUCUAUACGUUCAUUACUUUAGGAAAUUCUAAGUAUCGCAUAUAAAUAUUAUUUACAGGAUCCGAACGAUAUUAUUAAUCAUAAAAAUAUUAUUAUCAGGUAUUCUUAUUUAUGAUAUAAUAUUAUUAGCGAGGAAAACAUAAAAAAUAUGAAUAGUAAAUACCAUUUUCUAUCUACUUGAUAAUGUAAAAAAAAACUUUCCUUUUUUUUUUGUUUAUUGACACUAUAAUAUUAUUAUAGAGUUUAAACUUAAAUGUUUGAAAUAGAUUACCCAAUAAAAAUGGCUAAUACGAAAUGUCUAGAGUUAAAAAUAUUAUUACUAUUUUAUAUCACCUUUACAUAUUAUAAUAAUAAUAUAUUAUAUUAUAUGGUAUAUAUAUGUAAAUUAAUUGAGAAUUCAUUAGCUAUAAUUCGAAAUAUAAUGCAGGUAUUAUAGUGCAAUUUUUUUAAAUGUAAUAUUUAACUAAUAGCCUCUCUUUUAUAAUGGUAUAAAAUAAAAAAAAUGCAAGAACCGCUAAAAAUUCAAAAAUAGUCAUUGUGUAGAAAAAAUAACCUUUUUUCAAGUUAAUUUUGAAUAGUUGAAAUACAUUUUUAUUUCUAAAAAUACAGCAUGAACAGUAUACCUACUCUUAAUUACUUUUGGAUUAGUUUUAUAUACUAUUUAAAAAUAUUCUUCUGUAUUUUUGGAAAUAGAAAAUGUUUUCUUUCAUUCAAAAUUUAAUUUGUUAUAUAAAUAAAUAUUUCACUAUUACCAAAAUAUAUUAAUUUUUUUAUACAACAUAAAAGUAUUGUUUUUUUUUAUAAUAUUAUAUUUUUUAGGAACUUUAAAUUAUGGGUGUAUUUCUGAAGUAGAUAGUUUAAAAACAAGUUGAUACUGCUACUGAUUAGUGUACUACUGUUUUACGAGGGAAAUUUUAAGAGAGUAUAUAUAAAGUAAUUGUAUUUAUAUUUGUACAGAACAAUUAACCAUCGCAAAUAAAAAACGAUUCUGAACAGAGUAUUAUUAGUCGUAUUUUUGCUAUGUUAGUAACGUAACCCAGAAAACAACAAAAAAUUGCCUUUUCCCCUCAUUUAUUUAGAAAUUUAUUUGAAAAAUCAAAAACUACCUUCUAAAUGUGUCAACAAGAUAUGCAUCACAUAAAUGCUACAAGAUACUAUCUAUAAAGUUUUUGACUCGUUCAAGAUUUUUGGUAAAACAUUAUUUACCGACAUAAAAAAAAAAAAAAAAUAUUUAAAACAUAUUAUAGUGAAAAUAAUAUAUUCCUUGUUUCGUUCAGAAUUUAAAGUGAAAUAAUAAUAAUGAUAUAGAUAGGUGGGACAAAUGUUUAGGUACAUCAUAUUACAUUUACAUUGAAGUACUAAAAUAAUUUGACUAAAUAAUUACACGUAAAAUUUAUUUCGGUAAAUAAUACACACAUAUAUACUAAAUAGAUAUGCAAAUUAUUCAUCAUGUGGUUAAUUGUAAUAUCGUAACGGUACCUACUUGUUUAUCCGGCUUAUAGGUACAUGUAUACCUACAUCGCUUUUCAAAACUCGUUAAAUAAUAAUUUCAAAUUAAUAAUGAGAAUAUUCCAACACGCGUGUGUGUAUGCUAUUUCAAAAUAUAAUGAAGAGGCUUCAACGUCAUUGAGUACUGACAUUUGUUUUCUCUGUCCGUCUCGUGACAAAGAAAUUUCGUGUUUCCACGAUUGCGACACUGGUUGAUUUUAGGGCAAGGGGUCUAAAUUACAAAUUUUACUAUGAAGAUAUUUGACUAGGCUUUUAACGAAUGUUUUUUUUUUGUCAUCAAAAUAUGCGUGUUUUAACAUCUCUUAAUUUUAACCGCUAAUUACUUAUUAUGAAAUGAAACCAUUAACAAAACAAAUCGUUCAUAUAUACCCUAUAUGUAAAUAUAAUAAUAAUAAUAAUAAUAAUAAUCGAUUAAUAUUUAAUAAUAAUCAUAUUGAUUAAUUAUAUUAUAUUUUAUGUUUAUUCACUUGUAUAAGUCCGAAGAGUAACUGAUAGGGGGAAAAAAAUUGUGUCACUUAGAAAUAUUUUCCCGAUUUUCGGGCCAUAAUAUCGUGCGUUUAUUUGACAAUCAACGGCGGCUUCGUCGCAAAAUUGGCCUUGAUUGGCUUAUUUAAAUUUAUUUAGGUACGAUCAAACUUCUCAAAGAACAAACAAUGAUAAUCGAUUACCUAUACUGCAUAAUUAAUUUUGUUAAAUUAAAACGGUUUACUUUAUAUUAUUCAGCGAUUAUUCUUGUACACGUUUUAUUAUAGGGUUUUUUUAUUCUACGUAGGUAGGUAUACGUUUUAAAUACUUAUCAUUUAUUGUAUUCAAAUUUUCAUUGCCAAGACGGUUAGUUAUUGUUAUUAUAAAUUUAUCGAUAGUACGGUUUGGUUUAAAGCCGUUUAUUGCGUUUUUUUAUUUAAUUGUUAUUAUUAUUAAAUUUAUAAAUAUACUUAUUAUAUAGUAUAUAUACUACACAGUCAUUGGGGAAAUUGAAGGAUCACGUGUUAUUUAGAUGAGUUUUAUAAAAAAAAUUAAAAUAUUAUCGAAAACGUUUUAUGUAGCUGAUAAAGUAUUAAUCAUAACUACAGUAAAAUUGUAAAUAUAAUAAAGUAAAAUUUAGAUUAUUUAUUAGUUUUCGACCGUGAAAAUACCUGAUAUUCUAAACUGUAAUUAAAAUAUUAUUAAAUUGUAUUCUUUUAUUUUUUAUUUUAAUUUACAUUAUAAUAUUUUACAUUCAAUAUUAAUUGUAGAAUUAAUUAUAACUACGUGAAAUGGAUCAUAUGAAUAGGUUUACGUCUUCUACUACCAGUAGGUCCGUUCUUAUUUUAAGGACUUUUAGAAUAACGGCAUCAUUGAAUUCGGGGUGGCUAGUGUGUACAAUGUUUUAUGUAACUGUAGCUAGCUCGAAGAUAUUUGAAUAUUUUUAUUAUCACUAUACUACUGUGUUUUUGGUAAAUUUCAUGUUUACCGCAAUUAUUUAAAUCGAAUCUAUAUGUACCUAAUACUUCCAGGAUUAUUAAACUAUUCAAAAUUAAAAUGUAGGAGUUAAAAUUAUGACCGAUGAUUAGAGUUUUAUUUAAAGCACCAAAAAAUAUGUUCAAACGCACCUUAAAAUGAGAUCAGAUAUUUACAUAAAUUCACAAAUCGUCAAGAAAUAGACCAUAACUUCAUUUUAGUUGUUUAUAUCAGUUUAUAUACAAUUCGAUGAGUUUGAUGAUUAUUUAUAUUUCAGGUGAUUUACGCGUUCUCUGUGAUAAUGCCAUAAAAUAACUAGGUAUAGGUGCUAGAAAAUGUUUUAUUUAUUCGUUUGGAUUUUAAAUCAUACGUCAAUAGUUUCGUAAUUACUUACAUGAAUUUUAAGGUUUUUGUCGAGUAAAAUUUUGAUUUUUAUCUAUGUUUACUUUUAAUGUUUUUGAAAAAAUAAUAAUAUAUUGGUGUAUUAUAGGUGGUAUACUGGUAUACCAAGGAUUUGCCAUUGAAAUAUUUAUAUCUCUACAUCUACUAUUAGAUAAAGUCGUUCACUUGAGGAAAAUGCAUAAUUGUGUAGUACAAUUAUUUAUAAUUAUAGUCGAGUUUGUAAACAUAGUGCAAAAAUGCGCAAUGGUAUUUAUUUUAUUUAUACAAGCUUUUAAUGGUAAAGAGUUUAUGUUAUUAUUUUUUCUUUUUUUAAUUUUAACACAACAAAUAUAGGGGGAACCCUUUUAUUUUUUUCUUCUGGAUACGCCACUGCCUUAAACGAUAUUAGAUUCGAUCAAAUUUCUUUUUCAUACUUGUAGAAAAACUGGGAAUAAAUUAAUAAUAUAAUUGCAUUCGUCGUGCAUUAUAUUUUCAGAUUUUGAAAAAUAUUAUUUAUAAUUUAAAAUAAUAUUUUUAUUAUUUAUCCAAAGAGAUAAUUUGUUAUUUAAUAAUAUUGACUUUCUAUACUGAGAAAAUAAUUAUUACACUUCUCAAAUGAAAUAAAUUGUAAAGAUUUUUUUACUAUAAUGAUUAUUAAUUUUAAUUUUUUUUUUUAUUUAUUCGGUGACAAUAUUUAACUAUUUGAAAUUAUUAUUUUGUGACUGAUUAUAAUAUACAACCUUACAAUCAAUAAUAUGUAGGUACAUAUAAUAUUAAACAAAAUUGAUUUCGUUAAAAGUUAAUUCUUUUCGUUUUCUGUAAAGGUCAUUUUAACAAUUUGAAAUUCGAAACUGGCACUUAAAACUAUUACGCAUAUAUAUAAACGGUCAAUUUAUUAUCUAAAAUAUGAUAUUAGAUACAUAUUUCCACCAUAAAAUCGCCGAGACAAUAAUAUAAAGUGAAAACGGACAAAAAAAAAAAAAAAAAAAUGAACCGAUGUAUUUCUCGUCAUGUCAUAAACCUUAAUAUCGUGUUUCACAGUCUUAUUACUACGUAUGCUGUAAUAAAUGGUAUUUCAAUCUCUACCCUACAGUGGCUGAUAUACCAAAGAAGUUACAAUUGAUGACGUUUAUAAGAUAUUAACAUUUUGACCUAUAUUUAAUAAUCUAGGGAUGGAUCUCCGUAAAUGGGUAACAAUAAUACUGUAAUCUUUGAUAAAUAAAAAAAAAAAACACAUUUCACAAUUAGUUAUAUAUAAUAUACUCAAUUGUAUACAGGUUAUGAUUUGACAAUAGAAGUUUUUAAUCUUUGAGUUCCAAAAAUUCUUUUUUAAAUAAUGACGCACACAUGAAAAAAUCAAUAAUAAUAAUAAUAUAUAUAUAUAUAUAUAUAUAUAUAAAAAAAAACCUUAUUGACGGUCUCCCGUUUAUUUAGACGAUGUAAUAGCUUAUAUAGCAAUAGUAUUUUCACAUUCGAGUGGAUGACAUAUGCUGCUGAUGUUUGUGUUUCCUUUAUUUGUCUAUCGAUUAAAGUCCACCGUGAUGUCAAUUUGUUCGUUUUUAAAUUUAAGAAUCGAAUACGCGUGUCAUCAUCACGUAUAACAUUUCGCACCUGCAGAAAUCGCUCAGGCUUGUCCUCGUAUCCAUAGGAACUGUGGUGGUUGAGGAGGCAGCAGUAGUGACGGGCGACGAAUUAAAACCAUAUGUACAUAAGCUUAUAUCACGCAUGUGACUCUUAUUGUUGUUGUUCGUUUUAAUACUAUUUUAGGAUUAGUUAAUGGAACAUACAAUUUACGUAGAUCUCUUACAUUAUCAUAUUAUUUUCGUAAAGUCAGUUUUUUUAAUUGGAAGGGGGGAAGUGGGUAGGGGUUUGUUACUCCAGGCUCCAUACUAAAAGACGAAGGGGUCCAUAAUGUUUCUUCUUUUUUCUUUAAAGUUUUUUUUUUUAGAUUCUGAGUAUAGCUAAAGAAUUAUUAGUGUCUGUAUUUUUUUGUGUCUACAGUGAGUAACUUCUCUACCAGACAUUUUGUUCCAAUAUAUGAAGUAUAGCAUCUUUUUUGAAAGGAAAUUUUAUUUGGUUGGUAUAUUGAGAGGUCAUUUUUUGAUUUUCCAAGAGAUUUUCAUAAUAACUUGGAAAUACCGGAAAACAAAUUAUGUCAAAUAUUUACGGUGAGCUGCAACGUUACUGGUUUCAUUGUUUCGAAACCAAUAGAUCUUUCACUACGCUCUGAAUCUAAAUUGCAAUGAUCAUAUAUUUGCAAGAAAUUCUGUAAACACUUUUUUUUUUUCUAUAUAUAGAAAUUAUAGUGUUAAGCUAUACAAAUAGAACAUACAAAAUAAAAUGAAACAUACUACCUACCUUCUUUACAUCGGAAAUAGAUAACUGUUAUUUGGAGGAUCCACAGAGAUACCCCGAAAAAGACACUAAAUUGUAUUGUUAAUAUAAUUAUAAAACUAUAAAACUAAUGAAUUAUAAUUUUAGAAAAAAUAAUGGUUAUACAACAUUUUAGAGUUACUUUUUUCUUCAAUUGUAAAAAAAAUUUUAAAAAAGUUUACAUUUUCCAAAAUAUUGCAAAGAUCAUUUUGUAUCAAUAUAUCUUCGUAAAACACCCAGUUUAUGAUGAAUGCUGCCAUUACUGCCAUUAUUGACAAAAUAUAUAUUUACAAACUUUGACAUUAAAAAAGAAAAAAGCGUAAAAGAGUCUUGCAAAGAGUAUAUAGCCGGUCAUAGUCUUAUAACCGUAAUCCGGUCUCAUUCCCACCGAACAUAAAAGUUUACCUGUUUCCAAUUUACAGCUGAUUCUGUUUUAUUUUAUUUCUAUUUAUACGAUACAAGCUUGCUUUUCAAAUUGUAAUUAAUUUUUCAUUUGAAACGCAAGAUAAAUCCGAAUGAUAUGUGAAGUGUAGUUGAAUAUGGUAAUAUAUGAAAAAAAAAAAAACAAAUAAUAUAUAUUCAAAAUAAUUUAAUUAUAUUAACAAUUGUGCAAAAAAAAAUAACUUAUUCACAUUUUUUUUCCGAAGAUUACUUAAUCAUUAGGUUCUUUAGUUCUAAUGGCGAAAACGUAACCCUUAUAACUUUGUCAUAUCUGUCCGUAUGUCACAGCUAGGCUUAUUAUAAAACUCUGUUUUUUACGCCACACAUUUUGAUGAAAUUUAUCAAGAAAUUGUCAAAUUUGACCUACCGUACGAUAGACAAAAAUUACGAAAAUAAUUUGUCGGUAGCUUUAUAUGAAAAACACCAAGGGUUGGAUAUAUUAUUUAUCUCACAUUGUGUGGAGUGUCAUUAGAUUGGUCUUUAAAAAUUCAAUUAAGGUUCUUAUGUAAUAUGUUUUAUAAUAUAAUAUAGUAUAUAUAUAUUGCUGAAGUUGUGAAACUAAAUGCGCGUUUUGGUUUCCUAUAAAUCAGAUGUGUGGUUAAAAAUAUAUUUUCAUAUAAAAUAAAACUUUUCUGUAUCUUGGUGUAAAUGCAAUUCUAGUUGUGUUUCUCUUUGUUACUGUACACAAUAAAAAACCGAUUCUUUGUUCGAGACUUGCGACUUUUCGGAGAAAAUCAAAAUGAUUAAUUGACGAAUAAUAAUUUCCGUAUCGAUGUAUAGGUGUCGAAACUUAUUUGGGGACGUCUUAUGUAAUUUCAUAGUGGUCUGUUGUUUUCCACGCGUGAUUGUGAUAAUAUUAUAUUGUUAUGGUGUGAUCAAUCUUGAUUAAUUAUUGUUAUUGUUCCUGUACGCCUCGGUUUUUUAAAUUUUCCACGCAAAUAUGUUGCGUUAUUAAAAUUUAAUAUUAAAAUUAACUCUCACUGAAAAAAUAAAAAUCGAUACAAAUAAAAAAAACUUUAUUGCACAGGAACUUAAUAAAAAAAAAUAAGUAGUUACUUACUGUGACGCAUAAAAAUAUACUGAAAGCUGAUUUUAAAUAUCGAUAUUUUCAAACGUGUGCACCUUUGCGUCGAUUCAUUUGGACGCUGUCAAAAUGUUUUUUCUGUUUGUGUUUUUAUCUUUUUUCAUUCAAAGUAUGACCACAAAAUAAUUAUCACCAAGUUUUAAUAGUUUUGUUUAUUUUAAUUUUAUUAUUAUUAUUAAUUAAAAAUUACCUAUCAUAACUUGUUUUCUAAAAUUCAACUAAACGAUGGAUCUAUUAAAUAUAUAUGGGUCGUUGGAUACAAACAUAUUUAGAUUGUGUUGAAUAAUUGAAUAUAUAAUUGCAACAUUUUUUCUCUAUUAUCAGACACGAUGUGCAUUGUGCACCUUCUCACCUAGGUUUCAUACAUGUGAGGAUAUUAGUGUUUGAUCCUCGCACUGACUUUGUAUUGUCUUAUAUGUCAUACAAAUUAAAUAUAUAUUACUCAAUGUUAAAUUUAACGAAGACACUAUUUUUUUUUUUAAUAUAACGGCUACAUAAUAAUAUAUUGUUUAAUAUGUUAUGUUUAAUAGAUAAUUAUGUUGUUUUAAUUUUGAUCGAGAAAAAUUAAUUAAAAUUGGUAACUAUAUUAUAGAUAUUGCAAAAAAAAAAAUAAAAAACAAAAAGUUGUAUGAAUUGAUAAAAUAUUUGGAGGGUGUGAGAAAAUAAUGAAAAUGUAUCCUAGGGGAAACUACUCCAUCCCCUUUUUCCUUAAUACCAUUUUAUAUAAAUCCUAUCUCUUUCAGAAAUUAUAUAAAUUUCACUGGGUAAAUUUCCUUUAGUAUAAGUUUAAAUCAUGAAAAGUAAAAGAAAUUCCAAAAACAAAAAAAAAUAAACUAAUCAAAAACCGACUUUCAUGGUCACUAACUAGAUAAAAAUUCAAUAAAAAAGAUCUCUUGUUAUAUUUAUAUUGAAGCAAUAUUUCUGGUAGAAAAUAUAAGCCGCACAAAUUUAAAAUAAAGGAACCGGUAAAAGAUACGUUGGCUGUAAUUAGUAUAAAAUAGUAUUUUUCGUCCAUUUUGGUUUUUCUCAAUUAUUAUGAAAACCUAUUAAAAAUGACUUUCUUUUUCAGUGGAUAUAUAUUAAGGGGAAUAAAGUCAAUAUCUUUUCAUUUUUUGAUUGGAGCAAUAUUUAUGGUAGAAAACAUAAGUAGCAAUAAUUAAAAUCAAUGAAAAUGGUAACGCCAAGGCGUGCCGUAAAUAUUUACCGUUUUAUCUAUAAUUUGUUUUCGGGAUUUUCCCAAUUAUUUCGACCAAACCUUAGAAAAUCAAAAAAAUGAUCUCUCCUAUGUACCAACAAGACAGAAUUUCCUUUCACAAAAGGUACUGUACCGUAUCGAUAUGAGCAAGAUUUAUUUUUGGAAAGUUAUUUAAAGACAGAUAAAAAAAUGAAAAAAAAAAAUCACACAUUAUAGUAAAUCCAAUAGAUCCCUCACUACGCUCCAAAUCUAAACUAAAAUUAGUAUUUUAUUAAAUGCUAAAGUAUUAUUUACCUAUCUACGUACAUACCUACUUAUAUUUACAUAAUAUUAUACGAGUUAUUUUCUCAAGUUGAAAUAAGUACAACUCUAAGAGAAACUUAUUCCUUCAUUUAUUUACAUGUUUUUACUUUAUUGAUUUUUUUAUUUUAUUUUAAAUUACUUAGUGUUAAAAAUUCAACAGAUUUUCCGUUAUCUCCUGUUUAUUAUGCAGUUAUGGUAUUUGGCUUUUCAUUAGUUAAACAUCUUUUUUAUUAUACAUUCAAAAUAUUAUUUUAAUUGUAAACGUUUUACUAUAGAAUAUUAUAAAAAUAUUUCGUUUAAUUAACAGCGUAGACACCGAGAAAAUAAAUUGUUAUCAUUUUAUACGCCUAAAAAAAAAAAAAAAAACUGCGCAUCGUUUUAUUUAAUUAUAAAUGCAAUAUUAAAUGAUCUUUUAAAACGAUUAUUUUCUGACAAUAUUGUUUUAGUAAAGGGUUAUUUAUUAUUCGUAGACUAAAAUGUUGUAAAUAAUGUAAAAAUCAUUAUUCGGACAAUCGAAAAGAAAUGUUAAUUUGUUAAUAUUGUUACAGGCGGUUCUCAUUUUCAUUUUCAUAUUAUAUAAUUGUGUUUUAAUAAAUGUAUCUUAUACUGUAUACGGGCUUGUACAAGGGUUUCUCAGCGAUUAGUUUUACUAUAAUGUGAGCUUUUUCAAAGUACAUCAUAAUUUUUAGUAAUUUUUUUUUUUGAUAAGCGGUUUAAGCUUAAAUCGUAAAAAUCAUUUCAAAAUAUGAUUAACCGGACAUCGCCAGAGUCGUUUUUCGUUAGAAACAAUUUUUAUACGUUACGUAGAAAUAUAAAUUAAAUAAAUAAACAUAUCUUUACUUCCAAAAUUCUUAUCUACAUCCAUCAACAGAAUCAACUCUUUUUUUAAAUUUUUAUUAUUGCCAUAAAAUCUACAAGUAAUACAAUGAUGACGUUUUUUUAGUUAAACGAUAUACAUUCAUAUUCUGAAUGAUUGAAUAAAGAAACAUAACAGUUUUUGUAAUAAUUAUAAAACUUGUUUUAAAAUACAUAUUUUCACCAUUAGAAAAUAUAAAAAAAAUGUAGUAAUUUUUUAAUUACUUAAAACUUUUUAUGAAGUCGUUUGGUUUUAAGUAUUUUAGUAAAAACUCAAUUUAUGAUAUAAAUUUAUGUUUCAACGUUAAUGUAUCAAAGUAUCCAACCCAAAAAAAAUACAUGUGGUAUUUUGAGCUUAAUACGUCUUGUAUUAUUUUGUGAUCUCCGGUUCUCAAUUAUUUCAUUGAACGCUCUUGCUGAGGUUCUAGUUUUUGUUAACAUUAUAAUUAAAUUGAUGGCUCUGUUUAGGUUCCGGUUCCAGUCUCAUUAAAAGUAGUUUAUCACGUUAUUGAAGGGUUUAAUUAAUUCUUCUGACGAUUUACUAUUUUUGUUUUAAGUUUUACUUUACAAGAAUUCGAUAAGUUAUAUAAUGUAUAUAUAUGUAUAGGGUGUAGAAUGACCGCGCUUUUCCGUUUUCAUAUUUCAUAUAUAUAUACAGGUAUAUGUAUAUACUUAUAGCCAACUCGGGAAACCGCGAAAGUGUCGAUAUUCGAAAAUGUGUUUUUUUAAUGAUGUUAUUAGUUAAAAAAAUAUACAUAUAUUAAUAUUAUAUAUUAUGAUGAAUUAUUAUACGAGGAGGCAGGGGGGGGGAUUAGACAAAAUCGAAGUAUCAUUUUCGUGGUUAUACAGGAGCGAAUCAAUAUUAUUACAACAACCUGCACCGCCGCACACUGUUAUUGACAGAAAAUAAAUCGUCUAGUUUACGCCCAGCGCCUAAAACGCCUAUUAUUAUGUAUCCCGUGAAUUAUUAUUAAAGGUUACGAGGAUGUGCAGCAUACAUGGAUCGCACAGACAGGCCGCGUAUUUGUUCGACAUAGUAGUUUCUAACUGUUGUGUGCAGAGUGGUUCAAGAGUUCGUGUUUUGUCGAUUUUUAUAGAUUAUAAUCGAUGUAGUAUAGUGUUAGCAAAUUAUGGGCAUACGUAUAUUGUUCCCAAUAUAAAUAUAAUAAUAUAAUAAAUAUAAAGUCUUAACAAUACGUGUUUUGUGCGAGAAAAAGUAUUCGGGUAAUAUACAUAAUUAAUAAUUUAGAUUUUCACCAUAAAAAAGAAGAACAAGCACUAAGCUACGUUUUUUUAAAUUUUUUCGAUAUUACAAAUAAAAAAUAAGUAAUUACUGUUUAAAAUCUGAUAGUUUUAGGUUUUUAAACUUGAAUGGUAAUUUUUUAAUAUUGAUAUCGAAAAACUAAAACUAACGUUGCGCAGUACAAUUUAAAUUUGUUUUACUAUGAAAAUUUGGUUCCUAACUAAAAUCCAUAGUCCAAGUUUAGUUUUUGUCUACGAGAAACUGUUUUUUGUAAACAUUUAAAUUUCAAGGUUACACAAUAAAUAUUUGUGGUAAUGAAAUGGUACUACUUGUCUGGUAUGCAUUUAAAAGUGAACUGAAAUAUUUUUGAGUUGUUAAAAUUUUUAGCAAAUUGUCUAUAUGCAAUACCUUAAGUACGUUCGAAAAUAUAAAUUUGUAAUGUAAUAAAUUUCACCCAGCUUUUUUUUCCGUUUCAAAAUAGGUAAAUUAUUUUUAUACUAACUAUUUAGCAUUUUCUUAGAAGAAGACAUCACAAGAAUAUGCAGCUUCCGCUAUUCUUCAAAAAUUUGUUCGAUUAAAAAUGUGAAAUUAAAAUACAUUUAGUAAAAUCGGAGUUUCUUUAUUUUUUUUAAAACCAGUUUUUUUAAUAGGUACUGAUAUCCCUUAGAUUUGACGGGUGCAAAUUAUUAUAUAUUAUUACACUUAUAAUUGAAAUCAAAAUUUGCCGGGGUCAAUUAUUCAUUGUGGACGUAUUUUACAAUGGCUUAAAUAAUUUUUUUUCCAUAUUAAAUUUAUCGCGUAUAUAAUAUUCUCGGCAUAAUUAUUAUAUUCAUGAAGACCAAGGGGUAUAAUUUCACCCUCUUAGCUUUAUUGAGUGUAUAUUUGUUGAAAAUGUAUAAUAGCGAUCCCUACAGCUCCUGUUGAGUUUAUGGAAUAUCAUUUAUGAUAUGCGUGCAAGUAUGCUACAGCUGUACUUAUAUUUCUAAAUAACCACAUAUUGUCAUAGAUAAUAAUUAAUUUUAUUAGCAGAUUUUGAGAAUACGUUUAUCAAUUAUUAUCAUCGUUUAUCGAAAUUGUAACAGAUAUUUAUGGUUUAAAUUUUACUAUAGUAUAACAUUUUUGAGACUAGAAUAUUUUGGUGGACUGCCUACCUCACCUUACUGAAUAGUUACAAAAAAAAAAAAAAUUAAUCCCACACCUUGAAUUUUUUGAAAUAUUAUAGACACAAGUAAGUUAGAGGUUGAGGCUUAUUCGCUUUCCAAACCUAUCCGCGAAUAGGCACAAAUCGAAAAAAAAAAAUUGUUAAAUGUUUACGUCUCACUCUCUUAGCCAAAAAUGUUCUCUACUAAUAUCAUACAUAUUUUUCGGUUUACCCUUUAUUUGCACCUAUGUAGUUUUUCUUUUCAAAUAACUUUCAGUAGUACAUCUCUUUAAAAUGUCAGCUUUUCAGGACAUUACUUAAUCUUAAGGUAAAAUUAACUACUUUUUAAGUUUAAGCACUAAAGUGAUCAUUUUUAUAUCUUAGAUAUAAUUGCUUUUCAAAUUGGCGUUAGACACGCAUCCGAUUGUCUUCUUCCACAAUAUUUUAUUUAUUAUAAUUUUAUCCAAAAUCGUUAAAAAUUAAAUUAUAUAGGUACUAUAUCUAAUUUACUGAAAUAUUUUGAUGUGAUAACGGUAUUGAAGGGUAACCGAUGUAAUUUUCAAAGAGCGAGGCAAAAGCGUAUAAACCAACGACGUGUCUUUUUAGAUUCAAGCGUGUCCAUAAACACGGAACACAAUUCAAUUAUAUAGUUUCAAAAAUAAAAAAUUUCUCGAGUCGUAUUGAGUUUUUUGAUUUUCGUAUCGGUGUUCGGAAUUCGCAUGGAUUUUGUAUUACAAUUAGUAUUGUUGAUUAAUAAUUAUGAUAAAAUAAAAUUUGUAUACUUUGUCUUGUGCUUACGUACCUAUAUAACAAUGUGUAGUAGGAUUUAAUGAUUAGAAUUUCAGAAAAUCGAAUUGGGCUAUAUGUAUAUAUGCACUUAUUUCUGAUGUAGCAUAUAAUAAUGAAUGGUCGGGAGAAACCAAAAGAGUGCGUAGACAAAACAUUAUUGUAAAAUAAUUUUUUUCGUCAUAAUGGAAACUUUGUACUCUGUAAGUAAAGUUCAUAAAGAAUAAAUAAUUAUUAUACCGGUCUGUGGAUACUAAUAAUAAUAAAAUUAGUAUAACAAGUAAAUCUGUAUUGAGUUUUUUUUUCACUUUUUUUUUUAAUAUCAAUUAAUGUAGUUUAUUAUAAAAAUUCAUUUUAUAUCGGACUUUUUUUACUAUUAAAAAAUUAUAAAAAACAAAAACAAAUGUCGAUACGAUUGUUAAGAGUAAAUAAUCGAGAUUGAGAAGUUUCUUUUCCAUUACUUGGUCUAUUGUUUUUUCUGUCGUCAAUAAUGUGAUAAUAAUAAUAAAAACCUCAAUCUGUUAGUAUAUAUAAUUUAAAUAAUAUAAACAAGAAUUAGGUAUCUAAAAUCUUUAUUGUUACGCAAGUAUAGUGCAAAUUGGAUUGCACAAAUGCAGUCACGAAGGAAAAUGUUUUACCUGAAUAUUGUUUUAUGGAAAGUGCAGAGAGUAAUAUUGUAUACUCUAUAUAAAUGUGUAACGACUCGAAAGACGUUCCAUAGUUGAUUAGUAUUAGUUAAAUUUGAAUGAUUCAUUAAUAAUAUUAUUUUUAUAUCAACUUAUAUUUAGAAAUCUAAAAUUAUAAAUGUAUAUUUAUAUUGGUCUUGGUUGGAAUCUAGGAAAUAAAAUAAAUAAGUAUUAUGAACGGUUUUAAAAUUAAUUCUAAUUUUUAUAAGAUAUAAUUACAUAAGACAUAGCAGGGCUCUAACUAGUGUUUUUUACUAUAGUAUUGUUUAUACAUCUACACUUUUCUCGGGUAUUUUUUCGUUCCGUAUUAUAUGUAAACAUUUAAUGGUGAAUGUCUAUUAGCGUUUUCCAUCUAACUAUAUUCGUGUGCACUUCAUAUUAAUUUCUAUGACGAUAUUACACUCCACAAUAAGUAUACCUGGUUUUAUAUUAUGAAGUGAUCAGUGAUAUAUAGUUGUCAUUAUAUCAUAAUUUAUCGUUAAUUUGAUAGAAAUUAUAUAACUUAAGUACAUAUCAUAUGCAAAAUGCUUAUCAAAUAAAAUAUAUCCCGUGUCACCGUUAAAGUCGACGUUGUGAUUUGUUUACACUUGUGUAGGUAAUUUUCACUACCCCUAGAAAUGGGUAGGAUACUUAAAAAUUAGUAAGUAUCUAGAUACUUGAUACUAGAUGCAUUGAUUUUGAUACAAUACAUAUAUGAUAUCCCUCGAAGAUAUACCGAUUGUGUUAUCUUUGGAGAUAAUAAAGAUAAUUGAAUUCUGUUUUAUAUAUAUAUACAUUACUUACAUACAUACGAAUUACAAUUAAUAUUUAAAUUUGAAUUAAAUUUGUAUGUUUUGAUGAAAAUUAAAAAAAAUAUUUUUAUUUUAUUAUUUUUUUAAAAAUUUGAAGAUGUCCAUUUCAUACAGUUUAUUCUUCAGAAAAUGUUGAUGUUUCAACGAGGUCAAUAGCUUUUGCUAAUUGAUUAUUAUUAUUAAUUAAUUAUUACGUAAUUUUUGUUCAGUAGUUUUUUUGUGGAUAAACUUGUUCGAUCAAACAGAAAUGCUGGAAAAUUUAACAGUGGGAUAAUUUUAAAUCGUACUUUGUGGUAAAAAAAAAAAUAAACUGAGUAUUAUGUAAAAUUUUUCUUAUAAUUAUUUUAAUAUCAAAGUAUAAAAGCAACACUAUUAAUCGAACUCCGUUUAGAAUUGUUUUUUGUUAGCAAUAAUAAAUAGUUGCAUACUGAUGUACAUUAAAUUUCCCCUCUACCUUUCCAACUUCUCAUCUAUAACAGUGGCUCAUCCAUCGUGCGAAGUAUAUCGUUUUUUUUUCUCUGAACUUUAAAAAAUUAUUAAAAAUUACGAAUUAAAUGCAAAUAAAACUUUGAAAUGCCAAAAUUGUCAGAAAAUAAAUUCUAUAAAAUGAUUUUUUGAAAUUUGCCAGUUCAAAUAUAAAUAUUUUUAAACCUUAUUCAUGUAAUAUAUAUAUAUAUAAAAAAAAAAAAAAUAAAAGAUACUCGAUACUUAAAAUGUAAGAUUUAUGUAUUUUGUACUUAAAUAAUAUAUACAUUCAAAUUAAAAUAUAAAUUAAAUAUUUCUUGCAUGUUGUACCUUAAAAGAGGGGUUGGUUAUUUAACUGAUAACUGUUUUGUAAUUCUAAACAAUUUCUUCUAUAUUUGUACGAUUAUACUUAUUUUCAACGUCGUUUUUAAAAAACCUGAGGGAACUUAGAUUUCUCCUCUUUUGGGUGCUCAGGGACAAGGUAUUUAAAAAUGAGUAUCUAAGAUACAUAUUAUAUUGAAGAUAAUGUUUACCCUUGACUAUACCGGCAUAUAGAAUUCGCACUAUUUUUUACACUGACGAUGGCAGAUGAUAAGAUAAGAGAUAAAAAGUGUAUAAUUUAACACGAAUGCAGCUAGAUGGAGAGAGCAAAAUUGCAUUAAAUAGAACAUAAAUUAUUGAGGUAUUUCGGUUGAAAUUAAAGUUCAAAGAAAAAUUAAAUUAAUUUAAAUAAGACAUUAUUUUUAAAGACAGUAUAUUGCUGUUUUUCUAAUGUUAUCAAAUAUUAAAGUUACAUUAAUAUUAGUUUUUUUUAUUUUCGGCAAAUAUUUUAAAAAAAUAGCAUUGUAUUGUCCUCUUUAAAUUAUGUAAUUUGUGUUUAAACUCUAAUUUACCUAAUCAACCUAAAGCUACAUUUGUAUGAUUAAAGUAACAUAAUUUAGCUAUUUUGCCUGUUGUUGAUUAGACUGAAACAAUAAAUACGAUUGCGGCAUCCUCUUAAUACGGUCCAGGCCUGAGGCGUUCUCUUAAUAAGACUCAACUCAAAGGCUAGUCAAUUCCCAAAUUUUUUAUAAACAGUGUAAUAUAAUAUUAAAUUUCAUGUGUAAAACUGUUUACGUAUAAUUAUCAUUAUUCUUUUCUUAUAGUUGUUAUUGAAAACGGGGCCCUUAAAUUGGUUGUCUCGGAACUUUUCUUUUAAUUUUUUUCCUCCAUUAGAAAAUUACCCACGCAUGUAACAUUUACGCUGAAUGCUUAAUCGCUUGGUGGAUAGGAUAUUAGAUGCGAAUUAGUUAAUCAUUAAAUUUAUCAUUUUAACAUUAUUGAACCUAUAGUAUACCUGUAUACCUAUACUCAAAUGUUUGGUAUUAAAGUUUACAAACACAUACAAAAAAUGUAUACACAUUUAUGUAAAACUAAUAUAAUAUGCUUCGUAGCAUUCAAAAUCCAAAAAAAGAGUUAAUUUAUUAAAAAAAUAACAUGUAAAUAAAUAAUUUGAAAAUAUACUUCACACAUUGUUCUAUAUUAGUAAUACGUUAUAAAUAACUCAUUUUUAUCAAUCGAUUUAAUACUUUUGCAACCAUUACAGGCAAGCCGAAAAAAAAACAAUGAAUUAAAAUUGAUAAUUCGUUACGAUUAACAUUUGUUUGUCUUAUCGUUUUUGAUUUUAUUCUUUACGUUGUAAUUAUAGAAUCCAAUUAGUUUUCAAGUGUUCUAAAGUUCAAAGUAUAAAUUUAGUUUUACCAUAUUAUACGAAAACUAUAAAAUGAUAAAAAAUAAUAAUCGUAUUGUCUUCGGACUGCGUAUUAACAUUUUCUAUUAUGCGCUCGUAUAUUUAUUUUUUUUAUUUGUUCACUUAUUCCACGAAUGUGAAAUGAUUUGUGUAAUAUUAUUGUAGUAUUAAUAUGCUACGUAACUAGAUUAGAUUAUGUUAUGUUAGGUUACGCUGACCGUAAAAGAAAUUAUUGAUGUACUACUUGUUGAGUUUGUUUUCGAAAUACAGGGUGAUCAAUCUAUCGUACGACACUCAUUAUCUCGGAAAGUAUUAACUUUAUUUGGAAUUCAGUUUAUAGAAAAUUUAAGAAACGAAAAUUUCUAUAAUGUUAUAUUUAAAUUGUUUUUUGUCAUCCUUAAUUUUAUGGGUAAAACCGGUGGAGAGAAGUGGUGCAUUAUUAAAAUGCCACUUGCCAUGCCGCCACACAAAUAAUAUUUCACUACUCUCCUUCGACCGCAACCUUAAAAUGGAAUACCUCGUCAACGGAUUGACGGAAAUCAAAAAUAUCAACAUCAAAAUUUAUUUUAACUAAUUUUCAAUCGAUUUAUUAUAUUUUUAAUAUAGUUUGCUAUUUGAAAAUCAAAAUUAGGUAGUUGUUUUACCCCUAAAAAUAGAGUGACAAAAAAUAAUGUAAUUUUAAAAUUUUAGAACUGUUUGUUUUUUAAAUUGUCUAUGAAACAAAUUCUAAUAUUUAUCUUAUACCUAAUUUAAAUACUUUUCGAGAUAAUGAGUAUCUUACGUUUGAUUAAUCACUCUGUAUAUUCUAUUGAGUAUUCUUCAAUAUUUUAAAGCAUGUGUGGAUAUUGUGAAAUCAUUUUAUUAUAAAUCGUCAAAGAGGAAAAUAAUUUCAUUUGAUUUUGUAAUAUUUUCUGAAACAAUGGACAUGAAAAGUCAAUGCGAAUAAAAAAAUAAUGUUCUUAAUGCAUUUAUAAUUUUUUAUAGUUUAUAGACACUAUAAAUUAUUUGCAAUGUAAUACACCGUAUACAAAAAUAUAAUAUUACACUUUAAAUUCCCGAGAACAAUGUCAAUUUAGGUAUACUUAUUGAAACUUAUUUUGUGAAUCGAUAUUUACAUUAUACAAUUCUGUUUUUGUUCUUUGAUUGAUUAUUCUUAUUUUUAUUAAAUAAAAAAAAAAAUAAUAAUACAGGUGCUUACCUGCACAGCGUUUUAUAUAUUAUGACAGAAGUUUCGGAGCUUAGUAAAGAAUCUAUUGGUUUAACAAUGAUAUUUAUUUUUUUAGAUUCCGAGUGUAGUGAAGAAUGUAUUGGUUUUACAAUGAUGUUUAUUAUUAUUAUUUUUUUUUUUUUACACUGUGAUAAAAAUAUCUACUAGAAAUCUUGUUUCGAUUUGUAAGUACGGCACCAUUUCUGAAAGGAAAUUUUGUUUAGAUGGUACUUUAGUAAGUUUAUUUUUUAAAUUUAUGCGGUUUUCAUAAUAUCUGGGAACAUCCGAGAUUAAACCUAAGAAAAAUGGGAAUAUUUACGAAAAUAAUUCUUUUAGUAUUUUCAUUUUUGUUUUUAGUUGUGAUUCAGUUUAAAUAAUUCGUAUGGACAUUAUGAACUUAAGCAUUUUAUUAGUGCAUCCUUGUUUUUAUUUUAUGCCAUAUUGAUGUAAAAUAUGUAAAAUAUUAAACAAAUAUUUUUAAAGGAAACAUAUAAUGUAUGUGUAAUUAUUUCACAAUAAUAUAACAUAUAAAUUGUUGACGAAACAAUACUAUUAAACGAACUCCGCUCAAAAUCGUUUUUCGUUAGUAAUGGUUAAUUGUUGUGUACAGAUAUACAUUAAAUUUCCUCUCUACCUACAAUAGUGGCUCACCUAUCGUGCGAAGUAUGUCCGUCUUUUGGAAUACCCCUUAAAACAAUACUCAAAUUAAAUACGUUUUUUUUUUAAAAUUGAUUUAACUUCAAACUUCAUCAAUAUAAGAAGAUAUACUUUUUUAAAAUUUGCAAUUAUAAUUAUUAUAAUAUUAUAGCUAAGUGUCAACGUAACAUUUCGCUGAUAAAAUUUAAUCAAUUAACACUUGCGUUUUAAUUAAAAAUAUACUUAAGCAUAUCAUUAUAUUUGUAUCAAAAUUAAUAUUAUAUGGGUAACGUAUAUUAUUGUAAAUAGAGAGAAGAUACCAGAAAGAGUCUACAGCUUAAAUUCGUGGUUGAACCUAACAAUAUAGUUGUUAUUGAGAUAUGUACGAACUAAUAGAGUUUUAUGAAUGUUAUUUUUUAAUGAAGAUUAUAGUAUAUUCGAUAAGAGCAAAAAGGUGAUGGGGAUCGCUUCUAUUUAAGAUUCGAGGAAAUAAAUAAUGUCGAUAACACGUGCAAAUAAUAGAGUUGAGAUAAGUGUUGUUUUCUGAAAUAUUUGUUGAGCAUCCUAUAAAAUUAUAAAAACUGUUGCAGUAUGAGCAACUUACCUAAUAGUAACUAAGUUUGUCUGUUUGUGCGCUUCAUCUCCCAUAUGAUUGCGAAUUUUGGAAUGCAGUUUUCACACAACGAUUAUUUAGAUUUAAAAAAGGCCUUAAUAGACUUCCAGUCCAAUUAAUGAACAACUAGAGUACUUUUACUCAAUAAGACCUUAUGCUACUUCAAUAUUCCCAUUUAUAUCAGCUCAUUAUAAUAUAAUAUUAUCGUCAAAAUUAAAAAUAUGUUCCAAAUGACCGUUAAUAUGCAUAAUAUUAAUAUUUUAAAUUUGUAUACGUGAAAACUUGCAUAAUAUUUUAUACUGCGAUGAUCAACUCUGAGAUUUAUCAUCGCUAUAAUAAAAAUAUGCAGUAAUUCAGUCGAAAUGCAUGUAGAUAUUAUUAUUUUCAAUUGCAGACGUUUUUCUUAAAAUUAUUUAUCUCUUAUACUAUAGUAUAGUAUAAUAAUAUUCAUUAAAAUGAUAUAUAUAUAUAAGUCAGUAACAAAAUAAUAUAUACAUACACGUAUAGCGAGAACAAAGGCCGCAGGCCGAUAUUCGACCAAGUUUGAAAAGUCAAAAGGCAUUUGGCAUUCGGUGAUCGCUCUAAAAUACUUUGAAUUUAUACUUUAUCUAUAAGCAUUACGCGUGAUUUUGAUAAAUAUCCUUUUAUUUAGAAACAGAAAAAAUAAAAGGUUAGAAUGGAAUGUUGGUUCAUUCCACGUAGAUAUAGUAUAGGAGAUUGGAAGUUAUAUAUUGCAUUAAAAAGUCUAUACAAUAUUGAUGUAAAAAGUUCCUAUAAAAUUGUAUUCAAACUAGAUUUUUUUUUAAAUUAAAAAAUGCGUACAAGAAUAAAGUUAAUUUCCUUAUUUAAAAAUUAACAUAAUUUAAUCAAAUUAAUAUCGAUAAUGUAGUAAAACAAAAUAAGCACAAAAAAUAAUAAAAGAUACAAAACUUAAUUCUAGAUUCUAAGUGGAGCGAAGAAGCUUAUAGUUUUACAAAGAUAUUUUUUUUUCUGUGCGCAUUUUUUCUAUCAGAAAACUUCCUGAGAUUUAUACGAGUAGCGUCUUUUUGAAAGAAAAUCGGCGUGGCGAGGUGCUUAAGUGAGGUUAUUAUUCGAUAUUCUCAUGAGUUUUCUUAGCAAAUGUGAAAAACUGGGAUAAAACAUGAGAAAACCGGGAAAAACGCUAGAAAAACGGGAAAAUCGGUAUAACAUAGAAAAUAGUUAAAGACUUUUUAAUUAUUUUACUAUAGAAUAACAUAUAAAUUGUUGACAAAGCAUGACUAUUAACUGAACUCAGCUCAGAAUCGUUUUUUCAUAAGCAAUGGUUUAUUGUUGCUUACAGGUAUACAUUAAAUUAUCUAUAACAGUUGCUGCACCCGUUCCCAUUAUCCUAGGGCGUCUUUUUAAUUUUUUUUUUUUUAUCUACAAAAUAAUUAUCAAUUCAUAAUAGCAUUAAUGAAUAAUAAUUUCUUUGUUUAAACAUUUUUACACUAUUGUACGAUAAAUGAAAAAUUCGAAAAGUCUCUGGUUACAGGAAUAAUAUACAUGCGCGUGAAAAAAUAUUAACAAUAAUGAAUAAAUAUAUUAUAUAAAUGGUAUUUAAGUAUUUCACCAUUAUAAAUUCAGAAAUAUUUCAAAAAUUAACGUAAACAUUUAUAAGGGAUACGAUAAUCGCCAAAAUGUAACCUACAAAUAUCAUAGAUAAGCUUAACAAUAUUUGUAUAUUAUAAAUAAUUUUUUGAUCCACAUACAUAUUGCAAAUGAAGUAACUUCCGUGCCUUAAUAUAAUAACCAAGUCAUUGUGCCUAAUUUAAAGCUUUUAGUUUUAAAAUCAUAUCCACUAGGCAGUAUAGUCCAAAGUUAUUAGUUAUUAUUAAUAAUAUUAUUAUUGUUCGCGUUAAAACAUCAACAAACUAUAUAAACGACAAAUAAUAAUAAUAAAUUAAUUAUAUAAUAUAUUUUUAACAAAUCGAUGAACGAUAUAUUUCUUAAAUAAAUCAUAAAACCAGAAUUACGUGUUUGUGUUACAUUAUGCGCCAGCUGUAACCUCGAGUUUACCACAUUUACAAUGAAAAAUAUCUAAAUUUCGCGUACAGUUAUUAACUAAUUAAUAAUAUUUUUUGUCAAAAUUGCGAAGUCCGCUCUUAAUUAAUAAAAAUAUUAUAAUUAUCAACAUUUUUAUUGACAAUUAAAUUGUUAAAUAAGAAUAUUGAAAAAUGUAGUGGCCGCCACGUUGUAUUUAUAGCCACCAUACAAAAGGGAUCAAAGUUUAUUUUGUUUGUGAACUGUAGUUUAAUGUUCACAAUGGUUUGACAACUCAGAGAUAUAUUAGAUAUUUUAAAUUUUUAUCUUAAAAUAUCGGCGAAAAGAAUAAUAUUAUUUUACCUUGAAUCAUCCUAUUUAUAUUUAAUAAAAACUUGGAAAAAUUUUUUAAAAAACUAAACAAAAUAAUAUAAAUAACACUUACCUAUAACCAAAAUACAAAACCUCGGUGUGUUUUUCGAUCUGUCGUUUUUUCUAUACUUUACGGAAGAUUAUAUUUUUUAGAAAUUAUUUGGUAAUAUUAAAAUACAACUGCACUCAACAUCUUUUGAUACUUAUGAUCAUUUUUCGCACGAUAUUAUAGUUAUAUGAAAUUAACGCAUACAUAAUUAAUACAGGCAUAUAGAAUAAGAACAGCUUAAAAACAAUUGUUUAAAUUAAUUUUUUUCGGCGAGUUUUAUUCAUUACGUAUAAAUCUACGACACUAUACAGAAAUUUGUAUUAUAGGAAUUAUAAGAAUGUAUCAAGAUAGCAUAAUAUGUCUAGUCUUACUCAGAAUUAUAUUCAUAACACUGAUAUAUCUUUCAACCGAUGCCAAUAGCCAUGGAAAUGACAUUUUCUAAUUUUGUUUGGGGGUGGUUUAUUACGUCUGGGGGGAGGGGAGUGCAGCUCACCUGGAGACACACCUAAAAAAACACUGCAUAUCUGUUUAGUGUUUAUUUAGUCUCGAUAUUUAGUAGCUUUUUUUACUUCUAGCUUAUGUCACGGUGCGUUAUAAACGCUUAAGUUCACGUUUCGCCUGAGUUUAGACUAUAAAUCGUGGUUAAACGCAUAUAAUAUAUAAUUGGAUUAUGACCCGCAUAUAUUUUAAUGUAUAAAGUAAACGGUUUUACUGUACGAUUAUAUUAUUAUUUCGGUUUGACAUAUUGUUAUAACGGUCAAAGUUGCGAAUGUAUACAAGGUAGGAAUGUGAUUAUUCCCUUGAUGAUAAUAUUAUAAUAUCAGGGAGGGGACUAUAUACAAGACGUAUCUGCAGGAUUUGAUAAUUUCCUAUGCAAAGGAUUUAGGAAAUUGUCAAAUCCUGCAUAUACACUAUGUAUAUAAAAUAUAGGUAUGAUACUCAAAUUACUGGAAACUAUACAGAGUUUACGAUACAGUUAUUUUUAAUAUUUUGGAAAAUGAGUAUGCAUAAUUUUCAAUUAUUUGUCAUUUGUGUAAAAUAAUUACUCCCUCUUUGUUUUGCCAUACGCGAAGAAAGAGCGAUCAACGAAAAGAAACUAAAAUUACUGUUGAUCGUUCAUAAAAUUGAUCUAAAUAUUCGUUUAAAAAAUUUAAUUUAUUAUGAUUUAUCAUUUUAUAUUAUAAACGUUGGUAAAUAUAAUAAGUACUCGUAUAUAUUUUAAACUAAGAAGUUAUUAUCGCAGGCAUUGUUAUCAAAAUUAUCAAUUAUAAUAAAACGCAAUAUUAUUUUUAUAGCAAUUUGCAUAAUACUAUUAGUGAAUUUAUGAUAAAUCACUAAUUUAAUGCAAGACGCACUAAUAUUAAUAUUUAUAAUAUAACGUUCAAAUAUAUAAUACAUUUAUACAGUAUAGUCGAAUAGCUAAAGACCAUUUAAUUCAUUUCAGACUUUUCUGGCUAAAAGCAAAAUGUAGAUAAAAAAAAAAAAAUCUUAUAGAUGGGAAGGAAGAAUAUACCAUGGAAUAUAGUGGAAUUUAAUUUAUAUUUGUACUAAACCAUUGCUAAUGAAAAACGAUUUGGAGCGAAAUUCAGUUACAUAUGUUUUAAAAGACCAUAAUAUUUACGAUUUUUGUCACAAUUUGAUGUAACGAUUCUUAUAAAAAUAAAAAUUCUUCAUUAAUCUCAGAUUUUUCUUGUUGACCACUAAGUACAACUUAUAAUAAACCUGUUAAAUUUUUAUCAAUUUGUAUCAUUAGUUUAACAAUUUUAUCCACAAGAUACCUACCGAAUAAAAAUUACGUAAAAAACUCACAAAAGUUAAAUGUCUAUUAAUAGCUCAAAAAUGGCUAAAGUAUUUUGAAAAUUUAUUCAUGUCUAGAAAAUCAAAUAUAAGUUUUCAAUCUAAAUUUCAACUCUCUACAAAUAUUUUAAACUGAAUUAAAUAGUAUAACAAAAAAACAUAAUUGAAAAUAACACAUUUUGUAAUAUUCCCGUUUCGCCUUCGUUAGUUCCUGCUUAUUCCCAAUUAUUUUGUAAAGCACUUGAAAAAUGACCUCCCUAAAGUACCAAUUAAAUAAAAUUUUCUUUAAAAAAAGGUGCUACACUUGAUACAAGAUUUCUGGUAAAUAAGUUGUUCAUAGAAAAAAAAAUAAACAACAUUGUAAAAACAAUGGCAGACUCUGGAAUUUUCAUUGCUAAGGUAUGUGGCAAAAAAAACUGAUUAUAUACAAAAAAUUAAAUUCUACUUCUUUACCCUACUUGAUUAGGGGAAUAUAAAAGUUGGAACCAUAACGGCUAAUAUUUAAUCAAUAAAUCAAACAUUACUUUAGUACAUUUCAAGAUUAGUUAAUUACUCAAUAAAUACUUAUAUUUCUUAUAGUUGUAUUUUUAAGUUGCCGGUGAUAUAAUCCCUAAUCUUCCCCUCUGCGCACGCUGACACUAAUUUUAUUAUACCUGAGUAAACUGAUGCGUUUAUACUAUCAUAGAACCACGCACAAUAGAUAUAGUAUCAUAAUAUUAUUAAAAUAAGACCUAUAUCUCUAAAAAAUUAUUGUCAUAGAUAUUAGGAAUACUAUUAUCAUUUACAUUCUACAUUAUAUUAAUUUAGACUGUAGUAGGGAAGUACAUAAAAUCAUAUUUUCCUUAGACAAAAUAACGAUUUUGUGAUGAGGUAUUUUUUAGAGAGAUUUUCUAUAUCUAAAUGGAUACAUGUUAAAGUCCGUUGGACAUAAAUCUGCAGUAGUCUAAGAUUUUGGUUGCUUGCCUCCGAAUAAAAAAAUAAUUUAUAUAUAUAUAUAUAUAUAUAUUUAUAAUAAAGGGAUAAUAAAUAGCGAUAAUUCUUAUCCAAAUAAGAAUGAACUGUUGCGUUUAAAAUGUAUUUAACUUUAUUUUAUGACACACGGUUUUUUGUUAAUCUCCAUUUAGAAAUAAUUCUAAAAUGCAGUAACCUGUGAUUUUCAGUCUUAAGUAAUUCGAUUUAUUCCGACUAGGUAUUGAAUUUUUGUAUUUAUAAAUUAAUUUAAGCAUAUAAUCUAGUUAUUAUAUUGUUUGGUAUAAUUUUUAUUUUGUUGUGUUUACCGUCAGCUAUAAUAUUAAGUAUUUGCAUGAAAUAAAAUAUAAAUAAUAGUAGAAAAAAAAUUUGUUAUAAAUUCCAUUGAUAUAAUAUAUAAUAUUAUUAUAUGUUAUUAUUUAAGUUUUAUUAUCAGGCGAAUAAAACAAAAGAAAAAAAAUUCUCGUAAUCGAUAGCAAUUUCUUAUCGCCCCGGAAGCGAGCUACGCGUCUUAAACAUAAAGCACUUAUCAUUUAUAUAGAUCGAUAUUAAUUAUUUAUAAUGGAUAUAUUGUAUUAUAUUUUAUACAAUUACAUAUUGUUAUUAUAUAUUGCUAUCAAUAUUAUUUAUUACUAUCAUAAUAUUGUCUCGGAUUGUGCCGUACGGUAAUUAUAAAUAAUUUGCGUUAUCGGCAGGUAGUAGAAAUCGGAGUUACUGAAUUACGGUUCUUAAUUUAUAAAUAUUAUUAACAGAACUGAUGACUUUAGUACCCGUGUUUUAGCUAAAAUACUUUUUUUAACAUUGUACGUAAGUAUAUAUAUAUAUAUUAGGAUAGUUCUUAUUUGGGUGAUAGCGGAAUUUUUAUUUUGAAAUCCCCAAAAUUUAUUUUAAAAGAAUAAAAAUAAAUAUUAAACUCUAUAUGAGUCUCCUAGGACAAUUUUUAAGUCCUCUUAUAACGAAGUAAAGGUUUUUACUUUAAAAUACACGUGUGUUUUCAUUUAUUUUAAAUUUUAUUCCCAUAAGGCAUAUAGAGUUGACGAAAACAAUUUUUCUUGUAUGGAAAUGAUUGAGAUUAAAUUAUUCUUUAAGUGGAGAGAGAGGGGAGGUAAUUAAAGGACAACGGCAUUUUAUGUUUAUUUCUUACUGAUAAUUAAUAUUAGUUGUUUUUUAGUUUCCUAAAAUAUUGUCAAUAUAUCUAAAAAAAAAUCGAUGAUAUUUAGUGUAUAGCAUCUUUGAAACUUGUAUAAACAUCGAAUAUGGGUAACUCUGUAUCAACUUAUAAAGUCAAUCAAAAAGUGCUGAAAUAAUAAUAAUCUAUAUCUAUUGAAGCAGUAUAUAGAUUAGCGGGUACGAUUCGUGCAUGUAUGUAUAUUUUUUUUUAAUGAAAUACUUAUAUAAUGAUACAGAGUUGCAUAUAUUCGAUGUUUAUAUGAUUUUCAAAGUUGUGACAUGGUAAAAAUCAUAAAUUUUCCGGAUAUAUUGACGGUAUUUUAGGAAACUUAUAAAACACUAAUAAUUAACAGUAAAAAAAUGAAAUGUUAUGUCCAAUAUAUUUUAAUUAUUUGUCUUUUCUUCCAGCGUACCUUAACAUCGAUAAUUUCUGCAGAAGAAAAAUUUUUAUUAUUUAAAGGUUUUUAUAAAGCAUAUGAUAUAUCUGUCCUACUUAUAACCAUUUAUAAUUGAGAAAAUAUUACCGACUAUUGUUGGACAACAAAAUAAUAUACUCAGAUUAUUUAAUUUGAGCUGUUUUUUGAUAAACGUAUGAUAGCAGAAUUAUCAUAUUUUUUGCGAGGAUAAUAUUACAAAUACUAUAUAGGUACCUACUGUAUAUUAUAUUAACAAUUUACGUCAAUGAAUUUCCAUUAAGUUCGGUACAAUAUGUUUUUUUUUUGAAUAUAUAAACAUAAUAUUAUGAAAAAAAGUCGAUCACGUUUCGUAUGGUUUAUUAUUAUUAUUAUAUUAUUAUCUAAUAAUUGCGAUACACGUACGAACCGCAUACUGCGUAUAGAAUAUUUAUGUUCCAGAUAUAUUUUUAUCCAAUAAUAACAACGAGGAUUUAAUGCACUUAAAAAAACCUACCAAAAAAAAAAACUGAAUAAUGAAUCGAUAAUCGAUUAAGACAAAACAAAUAAAAUUAAUUGCUAGUAUUGUGUUUUUAAAUUUAAUUCAAUUAAUUUUUAUCAUUUUACAAAUGGUAUAAAAUACAUUAAAAACUGAAUAAAUUUAACAAAUAGAAAAAAAAAUCUAAGCAAGAAAACUUAGUUGAUAAUUUAAACUUUGUACUACGAGUAUAAGAAAACCGUAUCUCAAAAUUGAAAAAAAAAAAUGAAAUUCAUAACUCUGUUGUAUAGGAAUCCCAGAUUUAUGUAUUAUAAAUACGGAAUAUUUUAAAUCUCACUUAAAAUUUACAUAUAUUGCAACAAACUAUAUAGUGCGAAGGGGUGAUGGUAAGGACAUAGCCCUCAAAACUAGUCCGUAAUUCAAAAGUUAUCUAUUCAAAACUAAAAGUUUAAUAAAAAUAAUAUUGAAAUCAAACUGACAUAUAAAUAAGUCAACAUAAUUUAAAAAUGUAAUUUGUCUACAAUUCUACAGUGAUAUUUACUACUUAAUCUCACGAUAACACGCUAAUUUGAAUUAUAUAAUUUAAUAAAUAAGAAAAAUUAAGGGACACACGGAAUGGGAGAUUCGAAAUACAGGAAAAAAGUGUUGUUUAGGACAUUUGGUUGAGACACCGGGACGCUUGUCUCAAAUACGGGACAAUCCCGUAUAAUACAGAACGUAUGGGAUCUCUACUGCUGUAGUAUUAGUAAUUAUAAUAAUGUAUAUAUAAGGCUAAGAAUGGAUGUAUCUGAUGUAUCUGUACCAAAAUAUUAUUGAAUUCGUCAGUUGGUCUUACUGUUAUUGCUUUGCUUAUUACUUAAUUAUUAUUCAUUUGUUUUUUUUUUACAGAAGAAGCCGAACCUGAAGAACCAGAACCCACAAGUAAUGCUUAUGGGAGACGGAGGAGUAGAGCCGUACUUUAUCAAUUGUCUGGACAUUACAAGAGUGAUAAGCCAAAAACUGGCAAACUAAAAUUGAACAACGUGAGUGUCGUUCUUCUGUGUAUUAGCAUAAUAUUAAAACGUUAGCAAUUUUUCCAUUUUUAUUUUUUACCAUUUUAAUUGUGGAGGUUGUUUUGUCUGUUCAGUAAGAAUACCCGGAGUAAUUUGUCAGUUUCUGAUCGGUUUCAAUCGAACAAUUCUGUGAUAGUAAUUUUAUAGAGUCUGUUCUUUUGAAUACGUUUACGUUUUUAUUUUUUUAAUUUGCAUUAAAUUCGUGAUUUUUAAUAAUUUUUAAAGUUCAAAGUAAAGUACCUAUAAUUAUAAAACAGGCUGUAAUUGCAUUCGGUAAUUUUUUAUUAUUAAUAAAUAUUAAUACAAACGUUCAAUCGGAUCGUUCCUUCGAUACACCGACAACGCAGUUACAUAUAUGUGGUUUACAAGAGACAUAAUUAUAUUAGUUUGAUGUAGUCUAAUAAAUUACUAUAACGAGUUUAAUAUGAAUAUUAUAUUUUACGGAUUAUAGGUCGAUGAAAACAGAUUGACGCGAAAGUGCAUAAUAUAUAAAAUUCCGAUUCCAAUUGUAUUAAAGUUAAAUAUCGACUAAAACGUGUCGGGCGCGAACACUGUCAACCUCGUAUAUUAUUAAAAGUCUAAAGUUAUUUUACAAAAAAAUCAUGUUUUUUUUUUACUUUGAACAUUUUUUGUCAUAUAUAUAUAUAUAUGUUGUUGAAGGUGGAAAAAUAUUACGUAGAAUAUACCAACACGAUCUAUUAUUACUUGUACACAUCAUAAAUUAUUUUGAAAAAAAUACCUAAAUGUUAAAUCCGGUGGAAUAAAUUAAGACGUUAUUAAUCGGUUUAUAUAGGUUAACCUAGCCAAUUGAUAUAACAUGUUUUUUUUUUUUAAUUGUUCAAGAUUUAUAAUACAUGACAGUAUGGUCAAUAAAUAAAUAGAUAGGUCGUCUGAUCUAAUCAGGAGGAAAUUUAUUUAAAGAAAAUUUAGGUUGUAAUGGGGUAUAAUUUAUUGAUAAAGGAUACCUAGUACCUAUAUAUAUUUUCAGCUAUUUAAUUUUCUUUCCCGAAAAAAAAACACGAUUCUUUAAGAAACCAGUAUGCUUUGGUGUAAUACGUAUAAUUAACUAGUAAAUUUAAAAAAAAAAUAAAAAAAUAAAUGUGUGUGAUUUAAAUUCAAUUGUUCUUGAUAUUUGUAACAGAACAUUAAAUUUUUCAAUUAAUCUGCGGUUAGCGCCACUCAAUGGUAUGGAAAUACAUAAAAUAACACGGGGAACGUGCGAUUUUUUUAUGACGUCUAUAAGACAAGACCUAUAGUCUGCAGUUACACGUGAUGAUAUAAUUACUAUCGUGAUAGUUAUAAAUUAUGUGAUGAUUAUAUAGAGACCACGGUCGAUUUUAUAACAACAAAUAAAAACAAUUAAUCUGUAAAUUGAUCAUAGAAUUCGUGGGUUGAUAAAUACAUGUUUUCCUCUUGGUAUACACUAUGCAGUUUCCAUUUAUAUUUACAUAGUCACCUAUUAAUAGUUAUUUUAUACAUCAGUUUUAUGGUAUAUAUAGCAACUAUUCACUUAUUAUAGAUUUUACGCUUAGCUUAGUGAUUAUAAAAGAUUUAAAAUAAUUGUAUUAUUUACUCGGAGUCAAGUGAUUAUAACUAAAUGCGAAUUAAGAAUUUAAUAUUAAAUUAACUCAGAUCGCAGGUAGUUAUAUUUGGAUUAAGAUUUAAGAGUGUUGCGACAGUCCGCCGAGAUUAAUGUAUAAUUCGUCAUUCCGGCAUAAUUUUAAUAUUAUUAUCAUUUUUUAGAAAAAUGUAUGAAAUAUACACGUUUUUAUACUACAAUGAUAAUUAUUAUGACGUGAGUAAUUUUCUACCAUUUUUGAAAAUAUUAUGUGUGCGAUUAGUAAACGUGGUGUUUUGAAAACUGAUGGAUGUCUUCUACAUUAAAUCCGUAUUAAGACAAUAUGGAUUUUAGUCAAUUAUUUUCGAAAAAAAUCGUCAGGUUAUGGUUGUAAUUUUUCAUAUCGACAGCCUAUUAUUGGAUGUUAUUAUAAAAUACUAUUGGAUUGCGUUCCAAUUUGAAGUUUUUAUAAUAAAUAACCUUUUUCCCCCAACAAGCACCACUGGAUCUGGUGGGAGGUAGAGGGUGAGCAUUAUUUACCGUGACCCGGCCCACUCUCCUAGUCGGAGCCGCCAAUAUAUAUAUACACAAGAACCUGGAACUACAUAAAUAAAUCAACUCCAAUAAUAACUAUAAUAUAUGUAGGUAUAUAUUAUUACAUUGUUUUAUACCUUUCGAACUCGAAAACAAUGAUAAAUUAUUAUUGUAUUCUUCGGAAAACGAGAAAAUUUUAUUUUAUGUACCACCUGUUUAUGGAUUUUCUGGAAACUUGUGAACUAUUCUAUAAAAACCGACGUGUUUGUAACCACGUACUUUCAAUUUAUAGUUGCUCGAAUAUCUAGUUAAGUGUUUUUUUUUUUUAAACCAAUAAUAAUCUAGAUAAUUAAGAUAAUCAUCUUUACUUAAAUAUCAAAAUGUUUAUUAUUAUUUUAAACUUUAUAUAGAAAACCGUUGUUUUUUAAUAAUUUAUUAGGAACAUAUAUGGAUAUUAUUAACUCCUUUGAUGUUCCAACACUAGACAAUUGGUUAUUGGUUAUAAAACAAUAUAUUAAAAAAAAAAAAGUAUAAACCUGGGAGAUUAUUUUGACUGCAAAAUUUGACGAACAUUAAUUACUACCAGGGUGGCCAAAAGUCAUUUGUCAUUGAUUCAAAAGAACAAGAGUCCAAGAAGUUAGUGAGCACUAAGUAGUCACGGGCCUCGUACCAAUACACAAAUGAUGCCUCACUAUUCUGUCCUACUUAAAGUUAAAUUUUAAAUAUCUUAUCAAUAGUUUUGCGAAAAUAAAAAUGUUAAUACAAAAAUUGAUUUGAAUUUAUAUUUCAUAAAUAUUUAUAAAAUUUUUAAUAUAGGUUUCGAUUUGAAAAUCAAAAGUAGAUAGACGUUUCAUAAAAAUAAUGAUAAUGUAAUAUGUUUAAGCUGCUUAUUUCUAUUAUUGAAAAAAAAAUUUAAAAUUCCAAAAAAGUUAAUACUUGAUAAUUAGAGUUCCAAACUAAGUCAAUCAGCCUGUAUAAACAUUGUUUGGAAUAAAUACAUUCUAAACUGGACUGUAUUUAUUAAAUUUAUUUCCUGUUUAGAAUAAUACAUUCAUGAAAGCAAUUACGUUUAUUUUUAAAGAAUGGUGAAUGUGAAUUCAUACAUUUUAUGUUGAAAUUUCAACCCAAAUGAUAGAAUUCCUCAAAAAUAUAAUAAAAUAUACGUGCGUCAUUUUUUUUUUUUUUUUUUCGAAACAUUCUAGCUAUAAAUAGUUAUAGGUAAUAUAAGUAGUUGGUAUUUUUAUGUUCAUUUAGUAAAUAUCUGUUAUUAAAAUGAUUUAAAGUGAAUUGAAAAGAAAUGAUUGAAAAUUUGACAGGAAAUUUAUUUUAAGUCAUACUUAAUGAAUAAAAACAAAUUGAAUGUAACGUUGUAUUUUUUUUUGUAACUAGUUUUAAAACCUAAAUUUGACGAAAAUCGGAAAUAUCAUCGUUGCUUACAGGUAUAAAUUAAAUAACAUUAUGUAUAUUAUUUUUCCAACUUCCCACCUAUGGCAGUUUUAUCUCGUCCUCAGUAUCAGUUCUUUUUAAAAUUUAAAAUAUUAUUAUCUAUUUGUUAACAGUUUUUCUAUUAGAAAUAUUGUUCUAAUCAAAAAAUGAAAUACAGACUUUUUGUAGAAUAUUAUAUCUAGUUGAAGUACUGAUAAGUAAUUUUUGAUUAUUAUAAUAAUUGUGAAAACAUGUAUAAGAAAAAAGGAAAUUUCAUGUACGAAAUAAUAACAAUUUACAAUUUUUGAUUUUGUUUUUUUUAUUGUAAUUCAGUUUAAAAUGAUAAAACUAGAAAUGUCCACAGAAAACUUAUAUUUGACGUUUUACAAUUUUUUUAGUUUUUAUGUGGAUAUAAUUGUUUUGAUCAAUCAGACAAAUUUAAAAUCUGACAAUUUAACACAAUGUUUGUCAUAUGUUUUAUUAAGUAGCAAAAAAAAAAAAAAAAAAAAAACAAAUUAGUUUAGCGUUAUAUAUUAGUUUUGUUAUGUCCACGUUUGAAGUUCAAAUUUAUCUUACCUUUUCAACUUUUUUUUUUUAAUUACAAUUAUUUUGCAAACAAAUUUUUUUGGAAUGUGCAUGUAUUCAUUAUGAAAAUAAGAAACGAUGAAUGGGGGUACGUUACUUUUUUCAGAUAAAGAAUGUAAAUAGGAAUGCAUUUGUUUUUAAAAAAUAAUUUUUCAAAUACUGUAUACAGACAUCUGGAAAAGAAUUUCUACCUUAGAAUGCGUGCAAUAAAACGAUAAAGGAAAAUAAAAAAGCGACCUUCUCAAUGCACCAACUGGAUGUACUUUUUGCUUUUAUAAAAAAUGCUACACCUGAAAAUCGGAGCAGGAUUUUUGGUGGAGAUAAAUUGUUAACGUACAAAAAAAAAAAAGUAAUAAUAAUAAAAAGUGCACAUCAUAGUAAAAGCGAAAUUGCUGCUCUGAGAAACUGAAAAAAAAAAAUAACCUAGCCACAUGGUCACUCUAGUCAUAAUAUUAUUAUAGUACACUAUCGUGCGGCGACCGGAAUAUAUGCUCAUGCCGCCGAAUCACUAUUACACAGAAGAAAUAACUUUACCACCGCGAACCGAUUCUAUUUCCUAUGGCGGCUUGGUCAUUACCCGCGGAAUUACCAUUUAAUAUACUUACCUAAAUUAUGUACCUAUAUUAUAUUAUCCAAAUGCCCAGGGAUCGGCUACCGCAGCAUUAUUCAUUUUGACAUCUGACUCGUGUCCAUCGUGUUUUAUAAUAAUAAUAAUAUAUAAAUAUAUAUUUAGGUAAUACCAACCUAGUUUAAUUUCCUCUGACGUGCUUCUUAACAACUAUUCCUCGCGGGACGGUGACGGCGUAUUGCAAUUCUUCGUGACGUCAUAUUAUUAUCAAAUUGACGUUGUCACGUUUUCAAUAUAAUAUUUACACGUUUUUGAGAGAGAAAAAAAAUUUCAAACAUAUGCGAAUAUAUUUACGUUUUAAUAAAUAUUAUUUAUUAUGCCCUCUCUCCCUAUCUUUUACCUAUCACGUAUGUCUUUUUUGAGCGACGUGCAGUGGCCGAUAUAAUAAUAAUAUUGUAAAUUCGACCGGCAAAAACAUAGUAUUAUAUAUACUAUUUUCCACUACAUUUAUAUAAUAUUAUCCUUUUAGAAUAUAAUUUUUGAGUAAAACUCGCAUGUAGUUUUUCAUCGACAUGGCAACAUAGUUAUAAUACACUUCCUUCUUCCCCCUUUAUUCCACAGGAUAAAUUGAAAUCGACAUAAUUUAAUAUUAUUAUACAGUUUUUUAAAAUUGAAUAAAAUAAUAUUUCGAAAAAGUCGUAACCUCUCGCCCAUUGCUGUACAUAUACACUUUUAUUAUAAUCGAAUACAUUAUAUUAUAUUAUAGGUACCUAUAGGUAUAGGUGCCUACCGUUUACGGUUCGAAAAUUAAAACAAAAGUAGCCUUUGCUAUUAUAUUAUAGCCGGACGAUGAUAAAUACAUUGACAUAAAAAGCCGAAUAAGCCUUUGUCGUUAUUAUUAUACCGCGCACGCGUGAGUCGUAUUCUUUUCCGAAAUCCAAGACGUCUCUCGUCGUAGUCCAUUGUCUUAUCUGCAGUAUAGUAUGGCUUUCGCAGCAUCGUAAUAGCCAAGACGAUAUUGUAAUAUACAAAACUCGCGAGGUCUUUUGAAAACGCUGCUCAAAGUUCACCUCACCUACUGCAAUACAGGGUAACCCGAAUCUUAUUCCCAUGCUGCUGCGGUCUACUAUUAUUUUAUAAGUGUCUUCACCAACACUAUCUGUAUCUUCGGGAGAGUAAAAACGGCCAAAACUUCCACCAAUAUUGACAAAAAAAAAACAAAAGUAUUUAAAUAUAAUUUUUUACACUGAAAGCAAUAAUAAAUUUAACCAAAAAAAAAAAAACAUUCUAAAUUGAUUUAGUUGGCCUGGAAAAAAAAAAAUUAAUUUCAAGUGUGAGCUUCCUCUUAAUAUCGAUGUUUAACCGAGGUUUUGAUGUAUUCAACAUUUCUUCAUACUAUAUUUCCUUCCAAAAUCAGUUUAUCAUUAGUUUUUUCCUAUAUUAUUAUUUUUAAAAAAUCAUUAUGAAUUGAGAAAAAUUAUCCGAGAACUGGAUCAAAAUCGUUUACAGGAAAAAAAUGCACACGUCAGCUCAGAAUCUAAAAGUCUCAAGCACUGUGAGUCCGGCCGUGGCCCCUAGUCGUAUUUGUGUCUGGAAGCUACUUAUGUCCUAAAAGUACCUUGAUUUAAUUACUAACUAGCUGUAUUUUGUGUAGUGGUUUAAAUUAAUUUAGUUGAAUGUUGUAGACUGCAGUAAAACAUAAUUAAAUAAAAUAAUUUAUUAUUUAUACCUGUGAAAACUAGUAAAUUAUACACAAAUAAUAGAAAAUUUGAAAAUGAAACUGAAAUCACUUUUAAGAAUAUAGCAUAUUAUAUUAUAGUAUACCUAUUCGCGUCACCGCGAAAUUCGUUGGUAUGUUUAGAAAUAUAUAACGACUUUUGACUCGAUUUCGCACUAAUUGCCAUGGCUUUCUUUUUAUCUCUGGGGUCUAAAAAAAAAAAAUCCAGUUGGCUUUGUUGUAACAGAUACUGGUUUUGAGAAUCGUGGUAUUCUUUUUAUCUACUAUAUAUACUUAUAUAUAUUUUCCACUACUUUUAGAUAUUUCUGGUGGACCACUUUGAACCAAAUUAGGCCAAAUACUGGAAUUAAUCGAGCUAUUUUGUAAGCAGAUUGAAGUGAAAAGUGUUGGGUUGAAUUUCAAUAUGAAUUUAACUAUGUGUGUGGAUUCUAUUCUAUUAUUUUUAUACACCUAUAUAGACUCCCUAAAUUUUACCAGAGGGAUACAAUUUUGAGUUUUAAAUAGUACAACGUUGGUAUCAAACCUUUCAAGGGCUUAAACUUUUAACUUCUACCAUUUUUAUGACCAAAUUUCAUAAUUAUUUUUAAAACUAAAUGUACUUCCAUUAUAAUAUAGAUAUUGUGUUAUUAUUAGUUAUUGUAUUCGGUUAUUUAUUGUUUUGAAAAUAAUUUUUAUAAUAAAUCUAAGUAUAUAAUAUUUAAUUGAUUUCGUCAAUAAUAGAUGGAAGAAAUUAAAAUCUGCUGAUCACGGAUUUUGUUUAGCUUUUAUAUGUAUAUAAUAUACAUAUUAUUAACAUCAUGUUAUCACCAUUGUAGGUUCAUUGCAUUUUAUGUUAAUAAUAAUAAAAUUAAUAUUCAUAUUGAGUGUUGUUUUUGCGCAGACGCUGUUGCAGGGCUCAUCCGCGCCGUUACCGGAAUACAAAACUUCGGCGCUGAAAAAAUCCCGAUGGGUGCUGUCGCACUACGGCGUCUUUAAAACGUGCUGGGAUUGGUUGAUACUGAUAGCUACAUUUUACGUAGCCAUCAUCGUGCCAUACAAUGCUAGUUUUGUCAAUACGGAUAAACCGUCUAUGGUCAGCGACGUGGUCGUCGAGUCGCUUUUUAUCGUUGGUAAGUCAUUAAUCUACAUUAUUAUAUCAGCAUAAUAAUACCACUAAUAAUAGUAUAUACGAUAACUGCUAUCAUUUUAUUAAUCGUAUUAUUAUUUAUCGAUUUCCUGAUCGUUCGAUGCAUUACAGCGUAUAAUUUAGUCUCGUUCGAACACUGUUAGUAGUUUUCUAAUUUGUCUGAAUAUGAAUUGAUAUCACCCUGAAACCUCCGAAAACAAUAAAAGCCCUUAAAAUUAUUUGUGUCUACAGUCUAAAAAAAUUAUCCUUAUAUUUUCCUAUCGCCUUAAAAAGAUAGAUGUUGAUUUGAAACAAAACAAUUUAUAAAUAUAGGUAUUGACUUUAUUUUGGUGUACGUGACAAAUAUGGAGAAGUAAUCGAAUACAUUUUAGAACAAAAAAAGGAAAAAGAUUAAGCGUUUUGUUGGGACUUUUGGUAUGCAUUCAUGGACUUUUUGAUAUCAGAGACUUUGGUCGUACAAUCCAUGCAAUGCAAUAAUGCAGUAAUAACCACGGCUAUUGCAUUCAAACCCGUAAACGUAUCUAUUAUUGCAAACUUUUAUUGGUCAACCGACCUUGUAAUAUUGAAUUCCACGCGUACGUAUAAUCCAUGAAAGUGUGCAGUCCUCGUUCCCUGGGGGAAUUGAUUUUCCAAUACAGUUCCGGUAAAUACGAGAGGUAUAUAUUUAAAUUAAGUAUAAUUCGCACGUCUCCAGUGGGACCUGUACUGUUAUUGUUAGGUUGUUUACAAAAAUAAUAAUAAUAAAAAAAAAAAAAACCUCCAAAAGAAAUAACUUUAUUUAUACCUAUUUCAAUAGGAUAAAUUGCGAUUGUAACUGAAAAUUCUUUAUAAUAAGUCACCGAAAUGUUUUUUAAUAUCAAAAAUAUUCUACAGUGACUAUCUUAUACAUUAUAAUCAUUAUCUAUGCGUUUAUAUUGGUUUGUUAUCAAAGUUGGAAUAUCAAUGAGCUGAUAAAAUUAAGUUUUACGAUUUCCUUUAGACCAAUAAGAGGUGAAAAAUUAGCGAUACUUACCAAUGUUAGAUUUUAAUUUUUAAAGAAUAUAAUAUUAUAAGUUUGUACCAAAUUUUAAUACAAAAACGGUCUUCCUCAAUAACCAGCUCUAGACAAUUUGUCAACAAAUCCAUACAUUAAAAAUUGAAAUUGAACAUUGCGAAGUAUAAUAUAUAAUUUACAACCGCUUAUUAAUCUUAAGAUGUCAUAUUCGUUCGUAAAUACGACUCUACUGUUUUCUCUUAAAUGAAUAACAGGCUUUAGAUUAGCGCAAAAGUCUUAAAAAGGUAAAAAAUAAAUUUCGAGACAAUUUGAAUAACAGUUUGAAAUAUUUUGACCAAUAUUUUAUAUUGCAGGUUAGUUUUGUUUUAUUUUGUGCUACAGCGAUCGGUAGGAAAUUUUGACACGGAAUUCGCUGGCUGAAGUCGGUCUAGCCUUUAGUAUUUAUAAGAAAAUAUAUAAUGCCUAUUUAAUUAUUUUACCAUAAUAUGACAUAUAUAUUGUUGAUAAAGCAUCACUAUUAACUGAACUUCGCUCAGAAUCGUUUUUUCGUUAGCAACGGUUAAUCGUUAUUUACGUGCGUUAAAUUCCCGUCAUUGGCUGCAUCCGUCCCUAUUAUCCUAGAACAGUUUUUUUUUUUAAAUGUAUUCUACAAUAUUAUUUUUUCGAAAUUAGUCCUCGGUAUACAGAUUAAAUGUACAGUCACAAAUGUUUUAACGACAAUAUAACAAUAUACAUACUAGAUAUAUGUACAUACUAUAUAGUAAUUUACUUCAUCGAGUCCGUUAUUUAUACUUGUCGGAGAAUAUAGAGAUGUUACUCCAUAUAAUCAUAUUAUAUUAUACGAGUAUUAUAUCGGUACCAAUUAAACCUUUUUGGGAAUCUGCCGAGCGGUAAUCGAAUGACGUUCUGCAGUGAUCCUUUAGAAACAAAAGGGGACGCGUAUUAAUACUAUUUUCGCUUAAAUAAUCUGGAAAUUAAUUUAAACCAAAAGGCUAUACGAGUAUGUAUAUAGGUAUAACUGAUUGAAAUAAUUUCCAAAGUACUUAACUAUUAGAGUCAAUUAAAAUAUAUACUAUAGAUCGUUAUUUUGUAGAAAUAUAUUAAACUCAUCUAUAUUAUCAUAGUAUAGCAUAAAAAUAACAGCUCGGUGGAAAAUAUAUUAUAUAAUUGUGUAAUGUAAAUACCCUUCGUCCGUUAUUAUAAUUGUAUACAUUUUCAAUUACAGGUUUAACGGGUUAG